GUGGCCUCCGGUUACUGAUGAAGGUAUCUUAAAUUAAUACCGAUAUUAAUUUGGGAAUUAAUAAGAUGAAAAGCAUGAAGUAUUUAAUUGUGAAAUACUGAAGUAGGAGGAAAUGUGUGUGUAAACACUGGCAAGGCUACAUUUAUACUGACCCUCGCAAGUUAACAGGCAAUUAAUCAUUAUGUACAAGCCUACGUGAUUAAAAAAUAAUGUAGGAAUUAAAUAUUUGUUUCGUGGGCUAUCAGUGUUAUGCCGUGAAAUGCAUGCCUGCCAAAAUCUAAAUGCGGGGCGUGGGAUCGCGCACAACUAAGAACUGAAUGGAUGUUACGGUAAUGGCAUGUGCGUCUCACAUAUCGACUUUUUCCCACAACUGUAGUCUUUUACUGGUGCCGAUGACGGCACACAUCCUCCCAGACUGUCUUGACACAGUUGUGCAGGGUUGCUUGUGUUGCUGCUCGCUGCUUACAGCACUGCUUCUCGUUCGCUUCGCGCACACCGCAGUAAUGGCGGCCGUACUACUUCCGGUCAUUUCGCCGGAUCAGUGUAUACAGUCUGUGGUCAGAUCAUUGAUAACUAUCUACAAUUGGAGGAGGAGCUUUUUCUCACUGACCCCGCCCCCUGCUGGAGAUUUGGGUUUCUGCUGUGGACUCACGCCAGAAAGAGAGACGCUCCGAUGGAGACGCUUUGAUGUCAGAAAUACCGACAGUGUGUGUGUGCGUGCAUGUUUAGUGAGAGAGGAGUGUGUAUUGGGGGGGACACGUGCUACGUCAGAGAUGCAGAUGAAUAAAAAGGGGGGAGGGGGGGUUCAUGACGUCGGAAUGAAAGCGAGACUGUGAUGAAGGGGUUUGGUUCACAAAUACCCAAGGUGUGUGUGUGUGUGUGUGUGUGUGUGUGUGUGUGUGUGUGUGUGUGUGUGUGUAUGUGUGUGAGAGAGAGAGAGAGAGAGAGAAAGAGAGAGAGAGUGCGCGCGUGUAGUAGGGAGAGAGUGUGGAUUGGGGGGACACCUGCUCCGUCAGAGGUGCAGAUGAACGGUGGGGGGGGGGGGGGGGGGGGUGAUGACGUCUGACUGUGAGAGGGAGAACGGAGGGGGCGGGGCCUGCUGGUGACGUCACUGCGAGAGCAGCCGCUUGUCCUUUUAAAGCCGCGGCAGAGAGCGCGAGGCAGACAGACCGACAGAGACAGACGGACAGACCAAGGAGCGAAAACCUCUCCGGGACAUCUGACAGCUGAGGAAGACGCGCUCGGACCGUCGUACUACUCCUUUCUCCUCCUCUCCUACUCCUCCUCCUCUGUGGAUGGAGCUGCAGCCCCUGCACAAAGCGCACCGCCGCCGGGACUGAAGCCCCGCACCGCCGCGGGAUCUGCGUGACCGUGUCGUUCUCUCCGUCCUCUUCGUCCCUCCGCAGGCCGCCGUCUCCUCCGUGACUCUCAGUUCCCAUGCGAUUCUUCAGACUCACAUUCAAGUGUUUCGUGGAUUGUUUUUGAAGGUCGCUGUCCCGGUGUCCGAGUCCAGCUCCUUUCUUUUUCAUUCUCUUUUUAGUUCAUCCUUUUCUCUCUGAUCCGAGGAGGUCGACUUCACUGCAGAUUAUUCUGGAUUAUUGUGUCUUUUUUAGGAGAAGAAAACAAGAAUCUGAUCAAAUCUGAUCAAUACAAAAACAGAUUGAAUUUAAAAACUACAUUUAUUAUCACUGAAGAAGAAGAAGAAGGAGGAGGAGGUGCAGGAUAGAGACCUGACAGGGGACCGAGCAGGACUGACUCAUCUGUCUCAGACCUGCUGCUGGGACUCCAGCAGAGUCAAGACACAGGAUUUAACACCAGUGAGGACUGGUUUCUGACUGGAUUUAGGACUCUGAGGGGCUGAAACAUCAGCUGUUUCUGCGGUUUGAGAGAAAAAGUGAUUCACUGGAAGAAGACAAGCUGCUGUUGGUGACUGGUUUCUGACUGGUUUGUUACUGGUUAUUGGGCUGACUGUAUCUCAGAGAAAGAAGCAGAUUUGAAAAGAUUAGAAAGUUGGAAAAAGUUUUUAAGAAAACUCUAAGAGACUACAACUCAGAUCUUUGGCUCCUAACCGCCUGGUUUCUGACUGGAUUUAGGACUUUUAGAAAGAAAGACUGUGAAGAGGCUUAAUCGUAAUCAAAACCAAACUAGUGACCAGCUGAGGACGGCUUUUUCUGAGGACAAGCUGCUGUUGGUGACUGGUUUCUGACUGGUUUGUCACUGGUUAUUGGGCUGACUGUAUCUCAGAGAAAGUAGCAGAUUUCAGAGGUGAGAAAGAAAGUUGGAAAAAGUUUUAGGAAUUUAAGAAAACUGUAAGAGACUACAACUCAGAUCUUUGGCUCCUACUGUUACUGAUUGGUGGAUCACAGGUUUUCAGUGAGACUCGAACCAGAUUUUAGAAGACAGAAAGCAGGAGACGUAACGGGACUUGGACUGAGAUUUCGGAUCACUUACAGCCUGGUUCCUGCCUGGUUCCUGGACUGAUGGAGAAGCAGGCUCUGCCCGCCUCGUCCUGCUCUCUGGUCCUCCUCGAGGAGACCAAGAAGAGUCCCUUCCCUCUGACCAAUGGCGGCGGUGGUUACCCCUCGUCGGCCUCUAACGGCAGCCUGGUCCCGCUCGGAGCUGGGGUGGCAGGUUCGGCCUGCAGCAGUGGUGCCUGUGCCAGGUCUGACAAGAAGGUGAGCGUGGCUAACGGGACAGGACCAGGGUACCAGGAGCGGGAGACAUGGACGCGGCAGAUGGACUUCAUUAUGUCCUGUGUGGGCUUCGCUGUGGGGCUGGGAAACGUGUGGAGGUUCCCUUACCUGUGCUACAAGAAUGGAGGAGGUUAGUACCACACAUGUAGAUGAAUGAGGCUCCGCCCCUCACCUAAAAGACGCUCUGCUCUUUCUUAAGCAGCCUUGAUAUAAUUCCACCAAAGAAGUCUGGUUGGCUGGUUUAGACUAAAAAGUGCAUGUGGCUGUACAAAGUAGGCGUGGCCUUAACUUGUGGGGGCGUGGCCUCUGCUGGACCUUUUUUGAAUUUAUUGGAGAAGCUUCAGUUUUUGCAGAGGAUGUGUGUGCGUGCGUGCAGAGAUUGUGUUAACUGCUGUUUCACUUUUGGUGUGAUGUGUGCUACAAAACUCAAACUCAUCUUCUCCGUCCUUUUCCUCCCUCUCCAUCCCCUCCAUCCUCCUCUUCCUCUUCACUUUAUUCUGCCGUUAGACUCAAACAUGUACCUCUGUGUACAAACACUGGUAUUGAUUUCUCUGCGUACAGUACAGCUCAGUCCUGACAGAACAUCCCUCUCACCUCAGUGUGACCCAGAAGAGUCUUCAGGUUUAUUUUCUUGUUUGAUAAACUUUAUCAUCUUCGGUUAUUCAGGGAUAUGCUUCUAUUCCUGUCAGACCUGUACCUGCCAGGGUUUACAGGUAUCACUGCACAGAAGCAGAGAGGAACGUUUGUCUGUAUUUUGAUCUGAAAACAGAGUUUAGCGGAUUUAGCGAUGAGUAGGAGAAAGAUGGCACACCUUAAAGGGAAUGAGAGCAGACACACUGAUUGGUUUGAUUGAUGUUACGUCCAAAACACACCUAACCAACCUCACCCCCAAUUUCCACCGCAUCCUGAACGGCUACUAAAAGGUGAUAUCCUCCGAUCUUAGCUGAUCGUAACCAUUCAAGUUAAUGUGUCAAUUUCCAUGUGUCCGGAUCGCCGGACUCCUCAGCUGAUCGCAAGAGUUCUAUUUUUUUUGGACGCCAGAGCAUGCUGGAUAUAUUCAUCACAGAUUAACCCGUGCUGGAAAAGAAGUCGGGCACAGACACAAAAUAAACAUCCGGCUUCUCUUCAAAAUAAAACACUCUGUGUUUCAGGAGGAUCGUAUUUCACACCAUGCAAACGGGCGGAUGAUAACCCUGAAGUUAAGGGUUAAGAACAAACUCUCCUGGAGCUGCUCACUCGGUUGGAGAGCAAAAAAAGAAAAUCUGUUUCCUUGUCUUUGACCUGCUGUCUGAAAAAACAGUCAACAACAACCUGACUGACAGUGACUGAGGCCGGCCAAAGCAGCUAUUGUACAAGUAACCCCUAGUUUUCACCUUUCCAGAUCUGCUCCCAUCCAGAACGGCAGCGAUUUUCACCGUUCGAAUUGUGUGAAUUGUGUGGCGGAUUACGGACAGCAGGAAUCAUGAUAACUCACAAGAACCCGCGGGUUCACGUUCAAUCACUCGAUAACGAGUUGUCUCUAUAAAGACAGCCAUGUAGACAUAUAAGCAGUAGAUUGUGUCCUUCCAGAGGAGGAAAUCUACUUCUAGACUUCUAGAAUCAGCAUCUCCUCAUCCAUGGUGUCAUCGUGGUGAAAUGACGUCUAAAAACCUUUCACUUGUUCGUCUCCGCCUGUUUGCAUGGUGUGAAAUACGAUCCUCCUGAAACACGGAGUUUUAUUUUGAAGAGAAGCCGGAUGUUUAUUUUGUGUCUGUGCCCGACUUUCUUUCCAGCACGGGUUAAUCUGUGCUGAACUUAUCUGGCAUGCUCCAGCGUCCGUAAAAAAUAGAACUCUCAGCUAUGGAGUCCAGUGAUCCGCAGCGGAACAGAAAGAAGCCGGUGGAAAUCGACACGUUAACUUGAAUGCUAACAAUCAGCUACGAUCGGAGGGUAUGACCUUUAAGUAGCCGUUCAGGAUGCGGUGGAAAUUGGGGGUCACACAGUUACUGAGGCUGGUGAGAGCUGCUUAUGUCCAAGUAACAGGAAAGACUUGAUACAGUUUAACAUGAGGCUCUAUAGGGACUGCCUCACUGCAGGUCACAGCCUCUAGUGGACACUCAGGGUACUGCCGAGUUUGGUAGCUCUUGUUUUUGGAACAGAGGUGUGUUUGUUUGGUUCAGCUCCUCAGACGCAGCAAAAGUCGUUGGCCUUUGGAUAAUCGGAGCCCUUCAUUCAGGCGUUUUCUUCGGGCUCUGACAGCUGAGUGUGCUGAGUCUGAACUUUACCAGCUGUGACAAACUGCUCAGACUGAAAGAAAGAGAAAGAGGAGAUGUUUCUUCUCACCUGAAAAGGUCUCGCUCACACAGUCAGUGAGUUUGAAAGGUCUGCAUGUUCACACAGAGUGAGGAGGAGGAGGGGAAGGUCGCACUCGUGUUAAAUCACAGAGAAUCAAGAGAAAGCUCUCACAUUAGACGCUCUGAUGUGUCCAUAACUCUUCCUCUCGGUGUUUCUGUAAAGGUCAGCUGAUUUAUCAAACUCAUCUGGAGCCAAAAUCUCUCUUUAAAGGGUCAGUCUGUGGUUUUUCACUCCCACAGCGGCUUUGUGCUGACUGAACCGCUUAAUCACUCUGGACCGAUUUGGAUGAAACUGUCUUUUCAUUUCUUAUCUUAGAGCAGAUCACAUUAUUUCAUUAUUUCUUGACUCUGUGGUAUUUUAAUGUGACGCAAAUAUUAAUCAUACACAGACCACCGUGUUGUCACGGUAACUUCAUCAGAAGUUCUGAUAGGUGGUCCAAAUGAGUUUAUCAGUUUAUGAAUGUUUAAUAAGACCUGCUUUACCCCAGAGAGGUUGUAGGUUGUGUUGUUGUGGGUUUGAUUCCCCUAACAGCACGUCUUAUCGUGGGGAUUUAGAUCAGUGGUUCUCAGAUACGGACAGAGAAGUCGGUUAGAGGAGGGGAAGUACGAAAGAGAAAACGAAAGGGGAGCAGGUCAGGGGGAGGUGAGAGGAAAGAAAAGACAGGAAGUAAAGAGGAAACACGUCCUGGUGACAGAGUGAGUGUGUCUCUCAGAAGAGGUUCUCUGCAGCUGAGUCUGUGAGGUUCUGAUGCACGGAGUGUCCUUGAACGCACCAACAGGACUCUAUUCAGUCAUAUUUUAGCAGGUGAUGAUGGACUCAGGUCAGUGACUUCAGACGCGUGUGUGUGAUAGGAACAAAAUCCUCAUCAGGAUUUAUGAUCCCCCCAUUCACCGGAGGCAGCGCUGAGCGCGCACACAUCCACCACAGAACCACAGAGAGCGCGUUUCCACUCUACGCAGUCUGCUUCUGCACAUUUUGGUGCAGAGGCAGGUUUACCAUCCUGGACAGGAACUUUUGAACUUUGAUGUGGAGGAGGAGUUUUCUCAGACACCUCUCAUCCAUCUCAUCGAGUUCUCAUCCGAAUCAUCAUGAGAUUCAUGUCCUCAACCUCAACACCAUUCAGACGGUUACUGUUGGUAAUCUGUAGAAUCAGAGCGAUCAUCUGAGAUAUGAGAUAGAAAUGAUCCUAAUAGAUCCGUCUCUACUUUGCUGAGUAGAAUACCAAUAUUUGAACUCUCUCCCUUUGUUUUUUUCCUUCUCCAUUCAUCCUUCCUUUCUUCCUUGCAGCCUCCUUUCUCAUUAACUUCUCCUCCUCCUCUGUCCUCCUCAUCCCUCCUUUCCAAAGCGUCACUCAGAUUUAUUAUCCUGCAGUUUGUGAGUGUGUGUGUGUGUGAGUGUGUGAUAGGGCUGAAGUCACCCACACCAACACACACACACACACACACACACACACACACACACACACACACGCAGAAAGUGAUUCUCCGCUCCACUGAUUAUAAAAUGUCCUGCAGCUCAGUGUUCAUCUCAGAGGAAUCAGAGCCGUCCUCGGCGGACACACCACACUGCUUCUUCUGUCUCUGUGAGGACAUUUUGUCUCUUUAUCACCGUGUUAAUCCGUUUUAUAGACCAGGUUAGAGGUCAGGAGAGACAUGGGCCGAUUUUUUACUGGAUAAUCAAAGUUCAAACUGUCGGUAAAGCAUAAAACCACACUGAGAUAUCAACCAUAAAAAAGAGGAAUUUAAUGAUCAGGAAUUCUCAGAGUUAUUGGUGUAUGAGUGUAAAACAGUCCAAACUUACUCUAAAGAAACUUAGGCUGUGUUCACACUGCAGGUCAAUUCCGAUUUUUUAACCAUAUGCAACACAUAUCUGAUUUUUUCAUGUAAGUGUGAACAGUGCAAUUCUGAUUUUUUCAAAUCCAACCCCUUUUGUUUGUCGAUAUGAAUCGGAUAUGUAUCCAAUGUGACUGCAGUGUGGACGCUCAGGUCGCGUUCAUCCGACCUAUAUUUCAUCAAUAUGCGACAAACGUCACCGUUGUUCGACAACACAAACCGGCAUGGAAAGCAAUUUGUGCUUUGCGCUGCCUAAGAGAUUACUGUAGAGGUAGAUCAUCGACUUCUUGUGGUCAGAUAGGAGGAAGAGGAGGUUUUUUUAUUUGUAGCAUUGUCAGUUACAAUGGCUGGCACUUUGUUUGUAAGCUUCUACUUGCCUAUCGUGCUGAGUAACAGGUCACUGAGAUUCAUCGCUGUGUGGCUGGUUUCCACAGCUCUUGUUUGUAGAACAUGACAUGCGAGGACCCAGUCGUCGUUAAUGUAGUGAGCAGUAAUGGUCAGAUAUGAAUCUGUUGCUCUGAAUGUCCAACAGUCGCAAGUCAAUGCCACACUUUCCGCUGCCUGAAGCAAAGUGUCGAUGCUUUGUUUCAAACAUGCAUACAUGUUUGGAAUUGUUUACAAGUCGGCAAAACAUAGCCUGGCUCUCCAGCGUUUUCAUGAGACUUCAGAAACCAUCGUUUUCAACGACGCUGUAAGGUCGAAUGUCUUUGCGUAUAAAAACUGCAAUACCCUCAGUUAUCUUCCAUGCAUGUUGAGAGCUUGCCGGUAACUUGGGGGCCAAUACCUGCUCCAGGCUAGUUUGUUUGAGCCGUUCCAAGUCCAACUGUGUUACUGUUUCUGGGUGAUGUCUUGUCAGAUGGUUGCAGAGAUUAGUCGUAUUCCCACAGUAUUUCACUGCUUCGUUGCAUACUUUGCAUAUUGCUUGUUUUUUGUCAUCUGCGUUGUUCUCUCCGUCCUUUUUAAAACAAAAAUACACCCAAACAUCAGCCUUAAACCUUGCUGGGGUUGCCACUAACACUGUACUCCCUUCCGCCAUGUUUCCUUCUCUUGCUCACGGCUGUUGAUAACAUCUCGCGAGCUCAUGUUCUGUGGAAAGCCGCGCUAAACGCUGAUCUCGCGAUACUGCCAGGGUUGAAACAUGCUGUUUUCUGCAAGUUAAAAGAUUGAUCUAUGGAUUUAUGAAUCGAUAUCAGACAAUAAAAAGGUGAAUCGAUUCAAAUCGAUUAAAUCGAUUUUUUUAACCCAUCCCUACUGAUUAGUGUUAAAAAAAAGCAUCUGUGCUGUUGCUAUGGUUACCAGCAGGUCAAUAACUUGUUUACUCAACUUUGAUCCCAACAACUAAGAGCCAAACAGAGCGCAGGAUACCUACCCCUUUGGUUUUGUAUUUGGUUAAGACACUAUAUAGUAAAAAGUCUUUUAAGAGAUCUUUAAGGUCCUUGAAAAUGAACGUGAGGCCCUUAAAAAUGUCUGAAAGAUCAUUGAGAGUGUUAACAGGUCCUUGAUAAUGUUCUAGUGGUCCUUGAAAAUGUUUCAGAUGUCAUUAAGGAUAUUCCAGAGGUUCUUGAGAGUAUUUAGAUGUUCUUUGGAGGAUUUCAGAGAUCCUUGAAACGUUUUCAGAGACCUGAAAUCUGUAUAAGAGGUAUGUGAAGACGUUAAAGAGUUAUAAAUAUUUUUCAGAGACUUUUGAGACAUUAAGAGAACCUGUUUCAGAGGUUCUUGAGGGCUUCACAGGUCCUUGAAAAUGUUUCUAAGAUCCUUGAGACUUUAUCAGAUGUUCUCACUGGUAUUUUGGUGGCCUUUCAAAAUGUUUAAGAGGUCUAAAGAAUGUUCCUGAGAUCCUCAAGACUAUUUUAGGGGUCCUUGAAAGUGUUGCUGAGGUCCUUGAGAGUAUUUCAGAUGUCCUUGAGAGUGUGUCAAAGGGUCUUGAGGAGGUAUCAUGACUCAGUAUGGGCUCAAAGUAUUUAUAGAGCAUUUCCAAGGGUCUUCGAAGGCAUCUGGGUUGUCCUCAAUGGUGAAAGAUAGUCCUAAGAAGGUUUCUAAGGUCCUUGAAUCUCUUCUUUAGGUCCUUGAGGAGAUUUGAGAAGGUUGAGAAGGUGCCGUGGUUCUUCAACAAUAGGAGGAACAUAUUUUAAGUGAAUGGAGGUUUUGGAAGAUGUUGUGUUAGAGUCUAAGGUUCCAGGUCCUUGAAGGUCUCCAGGGUUGGUGGGGGUCCAUGAAGAGGGUCCAGUGGUCCUUGAGAAUUAGUGAUACUGUAUUUUAAUGAUUAAACACUCUGAAUGGUCAUUGAUUGAUCUGAUCGAGCGUCUCUGAUUGGUCAGUACAGCUGCUCACGUCUCCAUGACGAAGACCCUAUGUUUGGGGUCAGGGCUGUAGUUACCCGGUGGUCUUUCUUGGAGAUAUUGUUAGCGCCAGGGUCAAAAGUCAUUGGCCAGAUACAGUUACUGGCUGAGUAUGUGUGUGAGUGUGUGUGUGUGUGUUAACUGGCUGCCAGAUGUGACAUCAUCAUCCCUGUCACCACGUGGACAGCAGAUUAACGGGAGUGGCCUGUAAUCUCUUAAUCCUGUUGACAGAACUCACUGCUCCUAUCCUUGAUUCCUUUCCUCAUUCCUCUCCUCUCUUUGUCUCCUUUCCUCCUUUCCUCUGUUCUCAACAUUUCAUUUUAUUUUCUUCCCUUUCACUUUUUUCCCAUUUUCCUCCUUUCCUAUUUCCUUUCCUGUUGUCCUUCUCAGUUUUACCUCCUUUUCUUCUCAUUAUCUUUCCCUUCCUUUCCUCUUUCCUCUUUCCUUUCCUUUCCUUUCCUUUCUUUGACUUUUCUUUCCUUCCUUUGUUGUUUUUUCCUUCCUUAAAUUCUCUUCGAUAAUUUCAAGAGGUCCUUGAAAUUGAUAAUUUCACAGUUUAAGACCAUCUAGGUCAUUCUGAAUUCCUGGAAGUGUUCCUUGCUGAAACUGGAAAAGGCCUUGACUUAUGCUACGUUCGGGUUACCUCGGGAGUCCGAUGUCUGAGCUGAGAAUGACGUCACACCUGAGUUCCCAGCGUCUCUGUUACUAAGUCGGAAAAAAGCAAAAUUGGAGGCCUGAAACAAGAUGGUUACAUCUAUGAAAGUUAUUUCAGCGCUUGCCUCGACUGAAUAUAAGGCAAGCGCUAAAAUAACUUUUGUAGAUGUGGCCGUCUUCUUUCAGGCCUCCAAUUUUGCUUUUUUCCGACUUGGUUACUGAAACACUGAGGACUCGGGUGUGAUGUCAUUUUCAGCUCCAACAUCGGACAUCCGAGGUAACUCAAACGCAGCAUUAAUCUCUGACGGGCUGUAGAGGAAUGAUUGAGGUGUUUGAGGUCUUUAAUGUCCUAAAUGAACCUCUUGUUUAUGCCCCUGUGUGUGUGUGUGUGUGUGUGUGUGUGUGUGUGUGUCUGUCUUCUCUCAGAUGGCUGAUGUUAAAGUGAACUGGUCGUCAUGGAUCAAUGAUACUCUCUCUCUGUUGACCGAGUCACUGAGGUCGCUCUGACUCGGGUUUUAUUCUGGUUGCUGUUGUCUGUCUUAUGUAACCUCUCCUACACACACUGCAGUGUGAAAACAGAGACAUUAUUAUGAGAACACUUAGAGAUGAUGAGAAACAAAAGGUGAAUUUCUGUCUGUGAGUCCAACACGGAGCUGAAUAUAAACGUCUGUCUGUAUGCAUUAGAGGGCUGAACUGAGUUUGGAGGAUGUUCUCGUUGAAUUUUCCUGUCCUAUUAUGUUGCCACAUUAAGGACAGCAGUCCGUGUUUGGACCUGGACUCUUAUUCAGACACAUUUGAGGGUUCAGACGACUAAAAUUUUCAUUUUACAAACUCAGGAUCAAGCUGGAACAAGCUUGAUCCUGGAUCAAGCUCGGAACAAGCUGGAUGUUCCCUCCACUAUUUGAAUUGAGGAUGCAGCAUCUAUGAUUUCUAGUUCUUUGUUGGAAUUGCAACUGGACUGAGUUGAGACAUUUCGCUUAAGGUCAUUGAGGAUAUUCCAGAGAUUCUUGAGAGUAUUUACAGGUCCUUGAAAAUGUUCUAGUGGUCCUUGAAAUGUUUUAGAGGUCAUUGAGGAUAUUCCAGAGAUUCUUGAGAGUAUUUACAGGUCCUUGAUAAUGUUCUAGCGAGCCUUGAAAAUGUUUUAGAGGUCAUUAAGGAUAUUCUAGAGGUUUUUGAGAGUAUUUACAGGUCCUUGAUAAUGUUCUAGUGGUCCUUGAAAUGUUUUAGAGGUCAUUGAGGAUAUUCUAGAGGUUCUUGAGAGUAUUUGAAGGUCCUUGAUAAUGUUCUAGCGAGCCUUGAAAAUGUUUUAGAGGUCAUUGAGGAUAUUCUAGAGGUUUUUGAGAGUAUUUACAGGUCCUUGAUAAUGUCCUAGUGGUCCUUGAAAAUGUUUUAGAGGUCAUUAAGGAUAUUCUAGAGGUUUUUGAGAGUAUUUACAGGUCCUUGAUAAUGUGUUAGUGGUCCUUGACAAUGUUUUUAGAGGUCAUUGAGGAAAUUCUAGAGGUUCUUGAGAGUAUUUACAGGUCCUUGAUAAUGUUCUAGUGGGUUUCAAAGGUUCUUGAAAAUGUUUCAAAGAUCCUUGAGACUUUAUCAGGUGUUCUCAUUUAUUUUGGUGUCCUUUCAAAAUAUUUAAGGGGUCUUAAGAAUGUUUCUGAGAUCCUCAAGACUGUUCAAGAGCUCCUUGAAAGUGUCGCUGAAGUCCUUGAGAGUAUUUCAGAUGUCCUUGAGAGUGUGUCAAAGGGUUUUGAGGAGGUAUCAUGACUCAGUAUGGGCUUGAAGUAUUUAUAGAGCAUUUCCAAGGGUCCUUGAAGGCAUCUGAGUUGUCCUCAAUGGUGAAAAAAAUCCUUGGAAAGUUCCUAAGGUCCUUGAAUCUCUUCUUUAGGUCCUCAAGGAGGUUUGAGAAGGUUGAGAAGGUGUCGUGGUUCUUCAAAAAUAGGAGGAACAUAUUUUAGGUGUACAAAGGUUUUGGAAGAUGAUUUCGAAUUCUUUGUUGGGAGACUGGAAUGACUUGGCACAUUUCACCUUAGGUGAAAUGCUGUUUGUUGUUUGGCGUUGAAAACCUGAUGUAGAGCUGUGAAUCCAGUCGAGUUGGUUCUUUUUGUGUUCAGGUAUGUGGGCCAGUCAGCCUGCAGGAGGACGCCAGGGGAGCUAAAUUAAGCUAAGAUAGCGUUUGGCAGAGAGUCUUUGGCCCGGGUUUGAGAGGCUCCAGGCAGGCGUGUUCAGACUUUUCUGCUCCUUUUCUGAAUUGAUCCUGCUUGUGUGGUUAAUAAUAUCAUAACUGUGAAGUGAAUCCGUCUAAAUCUUGGCAUUUAACUAAAUAACUGAUGUCUAAAACCAGCAGCUACAGUGACUUUAUAUCCAUGUAGAACACAAACAGGUUACAGGGCAGGAUCUAGGUGGUUUAUAAAGUUGUUCCUGGUGUGGCUGUAGGUGAGAGUUUCUGCAGACCCCGUUUGUGUAAAUGUGACUAAUAAAACCCUGACUGUUAUUUAAAGCUAAUUAAAGCUGGUUGGAUUCUGCAGCGUGAUGAGGCAUCCCGCUGAUCCCGGGUCAGCUGGCAGAAAUCAGAUUAAGACGAGCCAAAUAUGUUAGCAAUCGUCCAGGACACGAAGUGAACUCCAGCGCGGCUGAUUAAACCCCAACAGUUCAUUCAACAGCAGAUCCCUCUACACUUUAAUUAAAGAAACUCACAUGGACAGGUGGAAGAGCUUCAUCUAAAUGUUUAUCAAAGUAAUGUCAAAUUUACACCGAGAGACCAAAUCUGGAUCAUUAAACUUAGUUCUGCAUUUUCUCUGUUUGAUUUAACGUCACACUUAUAAGAAAAAGCCUGUGAAAAAAGAAGAUAUUUAUUGACCGAACUUUCCAGAUACCAGUCAGGAGUUUAAAACCCAGAGUCAGUUCGCAUCUCUCACAUAAUUGGUUCUCAUAUACUUUAUUUUCAUGUAGAUUACUCUCAUGUAGUUUGUUUUCAUGUAGUUUAUUCUCAUGUAGUUUACUCUUCUGUACUGUAAGUGAUUCUCAUGUAGUUCAUUCUCAUGUAGUUCAUUCUCAUGUAGUUUACUCUCGCGUACUUGAUUCUCAUGUAGUUUACAUGCUUUUCUGCACGUACAACCCAACCCUAAAAUGUUGAUAAAAACAAAACUUGAUUCUCAUGUAGUUUACUCUCAUGUAGUUUUUUCAUGUAGUUUACUCUCAUGUAGUUUUUUCAUGUAGUUUAUUCUCAUGUAGUUUACUCUCAUGUAGUUUUUUCUUAUAUAGUUCACUGUCAUGUAUUUUUUCCUCAUGCAGUUUUUUCUCAUGUACUUUACUCGUGUAGUUUAUUCUCCUAAAUUUUCUUCUCAUGUAGUUUGUUCUUAAGUAGUUUACGCUUAUUUAAGUUAUUCUCAUGUACUUUACUCCCAUGUAGUUUAUUCUCAUGUAGUUUUUUCUCAUGUACUUUACUCUCAUGUAGUUUAUUCUAAUGUAGUUCAAUACCUCCGCCAAGGAGGUUAUGUUUUUGGUAGCGUUGGUUGGUUUGUUUGUUUGUCUGUCAGCAACUUUACGGAGAAAGUUACAGACGGAUUGACCUGAAAUUUCACCAGAGGUGCGUCUCAGCCCCAGGAGGAUCCCAUUAUAUUUUGGUGGUGAUCCGGAUCGCGUUCUGGAUCCAGGAAUUUUUUGAAGGAUUCUUUAUCAUUGUGAGAUAAGGCAAAUUUUGGAAUUUUUGUGGCCAGAGUCUUCAGUAAAAAAAUUACACAAAAGGAUCUCAAUGAGUUUUAUAAGGUGUCAAAGGUUGAUCCUGAUCCAGACAAAAUUCCGGAUACUGUGAGCUGCUUGGCGGAGGUCUGCACUCUCCGAGUGCUUUUCUAGUUCUCAUGUAGUUUUAAAGUGUCAGCCUCUUAGUCAGAGCUUUGGAUUCGCAGAUACGCAGAGGCGAGUGAACUAACGUUGUGAUCCUGCAGCUUCACAAUCAUUCAGAAAGACAGAAAGGCUCCAUGUUGAUCUCACUUGCUCCGUUUGGACGUGGAGAUGUCUUUGGAGGUGUUUCUGAAUCUUGAGCUUUGACCCAGAACUCGGUUUGUGUUCUAUAGAAGUCAGAAACACCUGAAUAGUCAAAAAUACCAACGACGCAGACUCGACCUCAGACUGAACUUCAGUUUUUAAAGACUGAAAAACCAGAGAGGGAAAAUCAGUCUGCACCUGAACCCACUGUCUCUCAUAGUGUUGGACUCAGAGUUAGUCCAGGCAGGCCCAGAGUCCAUCAGCUGGUCUUCGUACCAGGUGGGUAUGCUUUAUUUGUAGGGAUGGUGUAAGUCCUCUAUCUCUUUAAUCAGCUGUUAUUUAUUCUUGGAUAUUUUCUGAUGGAGCGUUUGCAGGUUUCGUCACAAUGACAGCUCUGAUGUACCUGCUUACUCUCCGCUGAUUGGUUGGAGCAAAAUAAGCUCCUCCCAAAUUCCAACCCCUGAAAAAGAAAAGAGGUAUCUGACAGGGUUUUGAUGAAGAAGAAGCAGCUCGUGCUCUGUCAGCCCAGCACUACUUAGCCCAGUGACUUACCUUGGAUUAGCCAGCUUAGCUAGCUAACUGUAACGCUGCGGCUUAGUGAGCUAACUGCAGCCGCUGCUCUAUUUCUGUCCGCAUCUCUGUUUCAGCCCAGAGCCGACCACGUGCUGAGCCGGUUAGCUGACUCCACACAGCGGCGCUCCACAUAAAUCACCUGCUACCUGCUCUAUUCUCAUCGCUCUCACACCUGGCUCAGGUGUUAGUCCCUCCUGUCCUGACUCUGCUGCUCCAAAUUUAGACCAGCCUCUCUCUCCUGAGCACCAAAGAAGAGGACGUCACUUGCUCUGCUUCUGGAAAGUUUUGUCUUUUCUUCAUGAGCAGAAAAGUUUCAAACUUUCGACUUUUACUCUGAGCUGCAGUAAAGAUGAUUUGAUGAGUUUAGGAGAAAAGAAGUGUGAUAUAAAACGACUGAUAAUGUUUCUAUCAUCUGAUUUUAUCUCAUCCAAAACGAUAAAAUGAUUUCCUCACAUGAUGGUUAUGACUUCAGACUCAGUGACCUGAAGCUAAUAUGCAGCACAGAGACUCACUGACAUCUUUAAAACACGGUUUAUUGUUUUACAGUCAGAACUGCAGGCAAGAAGGUGUAGUCUGAUAAUCAAAGACUUUUUGUUUACGUGCUUUUCUGCACGUACAACCCAACCCUAAAAUGUUGAUAAAAACAGAGUUCACACGGAGAAUCGAGAAAAAACAACAUGUCAGAUACUAAAACGGAAAAUGUUUUUAGGAAGAAUUUCUGCUCAUUUUUAAUCUGAUAUUUAUAAAAGUAGAUCCUGGUUCAUGUUUGUCAUUGGUGUCCUCAGCUCCUCUUAAACCAGCCCUCUGUAGACCUUAGUGCACCCAGCAGACCAGGAUCUGAAGUCCAACAGUGAAAUGGUUUUUGGUUGCAAUGAUUACAAUAGUUUUGCAACAGACAAACAAACAUCAAACAAACAGAUAUCAUGGAGGUCAAAAAUAGUUUUAAUGAUAAAAAUAUUAAUAAAUACACAAAAGAAAAUAAAAGAAAAUAAUCUCCCCAACCUCUUCUCUCAUGCUCAAGUCUCCAUCUGUGUUUUCCACAGACUCAGUUUUUUCUCAUGUAGUUAACUCUCAUGUAAUUUAUUCUCAUGUGGUUUAUUCAAAUGUAGUUACUGUGAGCUGAUACUGUGAGCUGCUUAUGUAGUUUAUUCUCAUGUAGUUUUAAAGUGUCAGCAUCUUACUCAGAGCUUUGGUAUCGCAGAUAUGCAGAGGCGUGUGAACCAAAUAAUUAGCUGUUAAAUAGUACACAAGCAAAUAUGUUAGCAAAGUUUACAAACAGUGACCACAUUAUAAACUGGCCUGCACCAUGAAGAACAAAAUUCUCAAUCAUUUUAAUUACUCAUCGUCUUCAUAGAACUCGUCCUCUGAUUCCUCCAUCUCUUGCUAACAUAUUUGCUUGUGUAAAGGGUGGGAUCCUGCAAUGUGAUACUAUUGUAUACUAUUGUCAGUUACUACUGAGGAUGUUUGUUUUGUGAUGUUACGCUACAGUAUAUCUUAUAAAGCUUGCUUAAAAACUCAGCAUCUGGCUAGACAACUUAUUUGUAUGGUUAUACACAAUAUUGGCAUCUAUUACUUGAUAAAAAUGUUAUUAUAUUGUAAUAGUGAAACUCAUUUUUACACCAGCAUGGUGUGGCCACUUUAAGAAUAGUCUCAAUGAGGUUCUUGACCCUCAAAACAUAGGUCCAGAUACCUUAUUUGUUCAUUUUAAUGCAACAUUGGCUGAGAUAUAGGCAAAAUCAAUGUUUCCAUAAUGACAGCACCAAUUUGCAUAUAAAUAAUAGAUGGGUAAUGUUGACUAUUUAACAUAGCUCAUCAUUUUCAGCACAUUUUUUCCAAUAAGGAAAUACUGAUUAGAAAUAUAAAUAUAUAUAUCUGGGGGUGCAUGAUACCUGUUAUAGACAUCUACUGGCAGAAUCUCCUAUUUUCUCCGAUUUGAGGUAUAGUGCAGAACUUUGGCUAUAGAAAGGGUAAUUUUCAAGCCAGAAAGGUCAUCUUGGGCUCAAAUUGAAGCUUAGGGACAUGGGAAGUUUAUAUAUAUACAAAUGAGGCAGUGAUAUUCACCAUAAAGUGCAGGAAAUUAAUCAUCUAUGUUAUUAUUUGUCAAGCGGACAGUAUAUUUUUUUGUGUUUCUGGGGAUGAUGUUGGUCAUAAUUAUGAAUACAGUUGUAGCAGGUCCUAAAAUCCUAUUGGGCUACUUAACCCUAUGUCUCAGGAUACCUCAUGCCAAAUUUUAGACUUUCAUGUCCAAUUAUGUAAUUUUAGUGAAUUAAUAUUUGCCUUAACACAAUUUUGCUAGAGCCAUGUACCAAAAAGUGGGUUUUCGGGGGUUUUGGGGGCAGAUGGGACAUUCUGAGAACUUUUUAUCAUAGCUCAUCAUUUUCAGCACAUUUUUUCCUAUAGAAAAACACUGAUUAGAAAUAUAUCUCAGGGGGUGCACUGAACCCCCUCCGUCCAACUAGACUAAAUGCAGAGACUCUUAUCCAUACUUUUAUUACCUGCAGAAUUGAUUAUUGUAAUGCUCUCCUCUAUGGUCUUCCCAAAAAGAACAUUUCACAGCUUCAGCUGCUGCAAAAUUCGGCUGCACGCAUACUGGUGAAGACCAGGAGGAGAGCCCACAUUACACCAAUUUUUAAGUCUCUGCAUUGGCUUCCUGUAUCCUUUAGAAUAGAUUUUAAGGUUCUUUUAUUAGUUUAUAAAUGUCUUAAUGGUCUUGGUCCUCCUUAUUUAUCUGAAUUGCUGCUACGAUAUGAGCCCAGUAGAGCCCUCAGGUCUUCAGGUAGUGGUCUUUUAAUAGUCCCCAAAGUUAGAACCAAAACAUAUGGUGAGGCAUCAUUCUAUUAUUAUGGUCCCCGCCUGUGGAACAGUCUGCCUGAAGACCUGAGAGCAGCACCUACAGUUCAUAUUUUUAAAUGCAAACUCAAGACCUUCCUUUUUAGUCUGGCUUUUUAGCUGAUUUUUUUUUUUUAAUUAUUCUUCUAGCCUCUCUUUUUUAGUCUACUCUUUUUAUCUUGUGUAUUUUACUCCACUCUAGUCCCAGAAUUAUUAUUUUAUGUUUUAACACUAUUUGUUUAUUUUCUUUUAUUGUUUGAUUUAAAAACAGUUUUAUUAUAUGAUAAUUUAUUAUUUUUACUCUUAUAUUUCUUUUUUUUUUAAAUUUUUUUUUAUCAUUUUAUGAGUUUCCUAUAUCUUGUCAUGGUUUUAUCAGUUUAGCUUCAGCUCCAGUGUUUCCCCAUCUUAGUUUAGAUAGUUUAGUAAAGAUAGUGUUUCCUUGGUCCACUAGGGCUUCCUGCUGAGCCCUGUCUUGGUGUCCCAGUGUAUGUGUGUGUGUGUGUGUGUGUGUGUGUGUGUGUGUGUGUGUGUGUGUGUGUGUGUGUGUGUGUGUGUGUGUGCGUGCGGGUGGGUGGUGGGGUCUCUGUUAAAUGCAGGCUUUGAGGGUGGGUGGGUGGAUGGGGUUUUAAAAUUUGUAUUUUAUCUUGUAUUUUAUUUGGUAUCCCCUGAUCCUCUCCUUCUUGCAUUCUUUAAUGUACAGCACUUUGUGAUACAGUCCAUGUAUGAAAAGUGCUCUAUAAAUAAAGUGAUUAAUUGAUUGAUUGAUUGAAAACGGAGGAUGCAGCAUCUAUGAUUUCCAGUUUUACAUUUAAAGGACAACUGGACUUACUUGGGAAAUUUUGCCAACUAAGUCCAGUUGUCCUUUCUAAAAUAUUGUUAGAUUUUGAUUCAUCAGAUCUCAGGACAAUUAUAGUACAAGUGAUUUUAACCCCAUGCGGUGACUCCAACUACAGAGUCUUGAUGCUCCUAAACCUGGAGAUCUAGUUCAGCAUUAAUGGAGCCUUCACAGAUGACGCAAACGAAGAUCCUGAGAUGCUAAAACUUCAAGAAAUAACCUUGAAUGUCUGAAUGAAACAGGAGUGUGUGAAGAUUGAUUUUAGGCUCUGUGUGUGUGUGUGUGUGUGUGUGUGUGUGUGUGUGUGUGUGUGUGCGUGUCACUGAUAGACCCCCCCCCCCCCCCAUUCCAUCUGUGUUAUCAUGCUAAGCGACACUGGGCUAACACUGUGUGUAUCAGACUGGUGGCAGGCUAAUGCUGAUUUGUACCGUUAGCAAGAGUCAUCAGUGAUGGUGACGUCACUCGUUCAGUUGGCGGUGAUUUCUCACACAUCAGCCGUCAUUAUGUUAGCUGAGUGGGUGUUUGAAAGUGUGUAUGUGUGUGGCCUAAAGCUGCUGUUAUAGCUGUCUGUGAUGCAGAGAAUACUGGAUUCUGAUUGGCUGGGAGGUGGGCAUCACAUUGUCUCCCCCAGUGAAACCUCAGGGAUCAGGACAGGCUAAUGUGGAGGCAAAAUAACAGCCAGCAAGUAACUUAAAGUCCUGGUUGACAAUCUGAGAUCUGUAUCGCCCUCCCCAUGACACACCCCCUCUAGCAGAGCAAGAAGCCAGCCGGCAGAAGAUCCUACGCUAGCUUGAAAUAGGAGCCACCAUGUCGGAUUGUUAGUGACUAGCUGCGGUAAACGCCAGCUCUGCUAGCGAGCGCCAUCUGCAGCUGCCUGGACAGCUACCGUGUUGACAGAGACAGAGACUAAUAAGAGUUAUUUAUGUAACAUGUGCCACAAUAAAAGGCGAUAAAAGUUACCUGUUCAACAAAAACUCUGCUGUCUCGGCGUCUGUUUUCAGGACCAAAUCCUGGCGGAGCUUUCUCCACCGCUUCAAAGAUGACCCGAUGUUUAUUCCAGUUAGAUUCCUCGCUUGGUCACAUUUCCUCUUCGUCUCCGCCCUUUCUUCUGUCAGCUUGCGUUUUCUUCCCACUUUUGGCGGUGGGGCGAGCAGAAGUGUUCUUUUUUUUUUUUUGCAUCCUUCUCCAUCACAGCUCCUGUAGCUAAGCUGCUACGCUACUUUUAGCCACUCAGAGCUCAGAGGAGGGCCAGGAUAGUGGGAGGCGACGAGUCGGAACUACAGGAGAGGGGUAUGUCAAAUACAGCGAGGUGAUUGGAUGGAGAGGCGGAGCAGGAGAUUGACCAAAAGGAGCUGUCUGGGACAGAUGGCUCCCAUUGGUCAAUGUUUUCGCAGCCCUGCACCUGCUAGGGUGAACAGAUUUUUUCCGUUCUUUUUUCUUUUUGGAGAUUGCAUAAUGGGACCAUGAUCGCCAUAAAAACGAGGUUCAUAGUACUAACCAAUCUCUACAAUCGUCAACCAUGCCUGAAAAUGGCAGAAGAUAACGCAGGUCGUAUGGGAGGUCACUUCCUGCCCAAGUUUGGGGGAGUAGAUCAACAGAAACAGGAGUAGACUGUUGGACACCCAGACAGGACCGCUGAAGGUCAGAUGGCAUGCUAAACACCUCCUCUGAACCAACAUAAAAACAGGGUUUGAUUAGUAGGUCCUGGAGCACAGAUCCAUUCUGAACUUCGUUAUCCAGGUUUGUCAGUCUGACUGUGAGAAGUUUGGCUCGGUGUGGAGUUUCCAGUUUCAGCCGGACUGAUGCAAUAAAUGGAUUUUUGUACGUGGAAACACCCUGAAAGUGGGAGUUAUCACUAAUCACAUUAAUCACUAUGACCCACUAUCAAAGCUCAGUACCAGGCUACACCGCCGCUCCCCAGAUCCAGAUGGGACUAUCUUUUGAUGGUCUCUUUCUUUCGGUCUCUGUCUCUUUCUGUCUCUCUCUCUUUCUCCCUCUCUCUCACUCCUUUUUUCUCUCUCUCUCUCCCUCUCUCUAUCUCUCUCUUGCUUGCUCUCUCUCUCUCUCUCUCUCCUUCUCUCUCUCUCCUUGUAUAAUAGCUCAGUGUGUAACGGCGGUCUCUCUCUGUUAUGUAACUCCUUGCUUUCAUCAUUAACCCCCUCUGUUUCCCAGUAUCAUUCCAGUUUGAGUUUCCCGUUGGCACUGUGACCCAGUUACCCCCCUGUUUUGUGACUGUUUGUGUUGUAUUAAUGUGUGUGUGUGUGUGUGUGUGUGUGUGUGUGUGUGUGUGUGUGUGUGUGUGUGUGUGUAAACUUCCAUCACACCAAUUAAAAUACCAACAACAGAGAGAGAGAGAGAGAAAGAGAGAGAGAGAGAGAGAGAGAGAGCAUCAGUAAUUGUUCAUUCAAGCCUCUCACUUCGGUUGAGAGGGAGAGAGAGAAAGUAUUUCAUUCAUUCAUUCAUCAGAGGGACAGUUUAUCAUCCCCAUGAGUGUCACUCAGUACGUUUCCAUGACACUUGAGAAAACCAAAUUAUCGCCUUACUCCAAUUAAGACCGGACAACUGAGGGUUAUGUAAACACCUCAGUAUGACUAUAAUCAGAGUUUGAGAACUCUGUUUAGAGUCGGAGAACUCCGAUUAAGACGCUCAGAUAAUGCGAUUGGAAUUCUGUUUUCUCUACCAUGUAACCAGCGUAGUCAGAGUAUGAUCAGACAAUGCAUGUGUGCGUGCGCAACGCCCCCGGAACCCCGGAACAAAAACACCACAGAAGAGGAGUAGCGUGCGUCUCAUCUUUAGAAAAAGUUGCGCGUCCAUCAUGUAGGACAAAAACAACGCUGUACGAUGCUCCAUCUUCUUGCUCCAAAAUGCCCAGCAGCAGUUGUAGACACUUCUGAAUCUGGCACGGACCUGCUGUUGUUGUUGACGGUUGUAUGGGCUCGGAAACAGCGCAGCUGAAAAGACCCAUAUCGCCCCCUAGUUUUGGGGAGGAGGACAAGUUCAUUAAUUCAUUUUUUUCAGCUGCAUGUAUACAUCGACAAGGAGAGAAGUGCAAUUCGGCAGGGAUUUUUGCCACAUGCCAAUUCUUACCGGAUCCGUUUGUGAGGCGAAUUUCAUGGCGGAUUACAGAGAGCGGUAAUCGCGAGAACUCACAAGAACCCGCGGAUUCACGUUCAAUCACGCGAUAACAAGUUGUCUCUAUAAAGACAGCCACAUAGACAUAUAAGCAGUAGAUUGUGUCCUUCCAGAGGAGGAAAUCUACUUCUAGACUUCUAGAAUCAGCAUCUCCUCAUCCAUGGUGUCAUCGGGGUGAAAUGACGUCUAAAAACCUUUCCCUUGUUCGUCUCCGCCCAUUUGCAUGGUGUGAAAUACGAUCCGCCUGAAACACAGAGUGUUUUAUUUUGAAAAGAAGCCGGAUGUUUUAUUUUGUGUCUGUGCCUGACUUCCUUUCCAGCACGGGUUAAUCUGUGCUGAAUUUAUCCGCCAUGCUCCGGCGCCCAGAAAAAAUAGAACUCUUGCGAUCAGCUGUGGAGUCCGGCGAUCCGCAUAGGAACGGAAAGAAGCCGGUGAAAAUUGACACGUUAACUUGAAUAGUUACGAUCAGCUACGAUCGGAGGAUACGAUCUUUUAGUAGAUGUUCAGGAUGCAGCUGAAAUUGGGAGUUAGAUUGGCCGAGGGUUUGACACAGCUGGAGUGGGUGUUACUUUUUACACAGCUCUGCAGGAAUAAAACAACCUGAAGGUGACGCCUUCAGAGGAAACAUCUGUACCCUUUAGUUUAUGUUAGAUAGUCCCUCUAGAGGAACAGCUCCAGGUUUGUGGACCAGCUGAGACUCAGAUCCAUACGUGUUCCUACAUUUGAGCACUGGAUCAGCAAAGACGGGUUUUAUGGCCCGAUUAAAGUCCAGGUCAUAAACACAGUUUCAGGUGCUGAAUGGUGAUCACGUGUGGGACCCCUCAGCUGUCGUUCCUCUGCUGCCGGUCUUUCAGACUUAUGGUUUGACCUCUCGUUGACCUCUCUGGUCACUCUGGCUGUAUACCUGAUACUCUCCUGACUUCAUUAGUUUCUCCAGAGGAGAAGAAACCGCUCGACUCUGUCCUUUUACCACGGUGAAGCUGAUCUCACGCACCCUCCAUGUCUUGUGAUCUGCAUUUCUUUUAGUUUUAGUGCAGCUCACACCAAACAUCAAGUGAAAGCACAUUUAAGAGUACAACCUGAUAAAUAAAUUGUUAUUUUUUCAUGAUUAUUUGUUUGACUAAACAAAUCUUUCAGAAAUAAAAAACAUCUCAGGUCUUUUUCUCUCUUUUCUCUCUCUGUGAUUCGCUGUCAUCCUAAAGUUUAUGUCAUUUUUAAAACACGAUUAAAAGAUUAAAUAGGAAUAAUUAAAGUUGCAGUUAAACCUUUCCUUCUUUAUUUUCGUGGUCAUACUUUUAUAUUUUACUCUGAAAUUCUCUCCUGUCUUUAGUUCAGGAGAGAGAAACACGAAGAACAUCUGUCUGUUCUCCUCGGCUGAGUUAACAGACGGAUUAAAAAUGAAUUAAAGGAGAUAAAAAGACUUUUUCUUUGACUCUGAGAGGAUGGAGGAGGUGAAGGAUGAAGAUCCUCCUCUUCCUCUUCAGUUACAUAAAACCCUCCUCAGCAUGCCGCUGAAAUAAACAUGAAACCCGACUCAGCGUCAGAGUCGCUCUAACUCGUUAAGAACAGUCUAAAUUAAAGGGGCAUUCUGCAGUUUGUUGGGGCUUUAGGUCAGAUGACCAUAAGAACUGGAUCCUUAAGUGACUGUAAGAUUGACCUAAUCCUGUAAAGUCUGUAACAGAAUGACCCUGUAACACUGACCCUGUAAUACUGACCGACCCUAUAACACUGACCCUGUAACACUGACCCUCUACCUGACCUUGAGACACUGACUAACUCUGUAACAAUGAUAGAUCCUGUAACACUAAUCCUGUAACUAGCCCUGUAACACUAACUGACCCUGUAACUAGCCCUGUAACACUAACUGACCCUGUAACUUACCCUCAGUUAACUGACUAUGUAACACCGGCUGACCAUGUACCUGACCCUGUAACACCGACCCUGUAACCUUGUAACUGACCCUGUAACACUAACUGACCCUGUUACACUGACUGACCCUGUAAUUGACACUGUAACACUAACUGACCCUGUAACUGACCCUGUAACACUGACUGACCCUGUAACUUACCCUCAGUUAACUGACUAUGUAACACCGGCUGACCAUGUACCUGACCCUGUAACACCGACCCUGUUACACUGACUGACCCUGUAACACUAACUGACCCUGUUACACUGACUGACCCUGUAAUUGACGCUGUAACACUAACUGACCCUGUAACUGACCCUGUAACACUAACUGACCCUGUAACUGACCCUGUAACACUAACUGACCCUGUAACUGACCCUGUAACUAACCCUGUAACACUAACUGACCCUGUAACUGACCCUGUAACACUACCUGACCCUGUAACACUGACUGACCCUGUAACUGACCCUGUAACACUAACUGACCCUGUAACUGACCCUGUAACACUAACUGACCCUGUAACUGACCCUGUAACACUAACUGACCCUGUAACUAACCCUGUAACACUAACUGACCCUGUAACUGACCCUGUAACACUAACUGACCCUGUUACACUGACUGACCCUGUUACUGACCCUGUAACACUGACUGACCCUGUUACUGACCCUAUUACUGACCCUGUAACAUUUACUCACCCUGUUACUGACCCUGUAACACUGACUGACCCUGUAAUUGACGCUGUAACACUAACUGACCCUGUUACAUUGACUGACCCUGUAACACUGACUGACCCUGUUACUGACCCUGUAACACUGACUGACCCUGUAACACUGACUGACCCUGUUACUGACCCUGUAACAUUGACUGACCCUGUAACUGACCCUCAGUUAAUUGUCUCUUCUUCAGGUGUCUUCCUGAUCCCGUACCUGCUCUUCAUCUUUGUCGGAGGAAUCCCGAUCUUCUUCCUGGAGAUCGCUCUGGGUCAGUUCAUGAAGGCGGGCAGCAUCAAUGUGUGGAACAUCGCUCCACUCUUUAAAGGUACAGUACACCUAAAAACGGUCCAUUCUGAAUGUUCUCCCUCUUUGUUUGUCUUACAGGUUUUCACAUGAUCACAUUUAGUUCCUAGUGUCAUAUUUCUCUCAGGACACUUCAGAGCACACUCUUUAUCCUUUUAUUCACAGAAACCAAAUGUUUAUUCAGCUCCAUUUGUGUCUUAUCACAGCUUUAGAAGUCCACAAACACAAAUUUAUCCCGGAGAGUGAUGGCGGUUUCCUCCACGCUCCUUUUUAUGGACACACUCUGAGACUCUGGUACCUGCUGAGCUCCCGCUCUCACAGGCAUUAAGUAUCUGUUUCAACACCAGCAGGGACGCUGAGAGUGGACCAACUUUUCUCUAAAGUGUAACCGAUAAGUUGGUCACAGGUUAUUAGACUGCAAACAGAACAGGACAGUUUCUUCUCCACACGCCUCAAAACAAACUGUCCUCACGUCUGGAUGGACAUGUCGUUCUGCAGGCACACACUCAGUGUCCAGUCCAGGUGUGUGUGUGAAGGUCGAGUUUGUGAUCCUACGUGCCUACACACACACACACACACACACACACACACACACACACACACACACACACACACACACACACACACACACACACAAACAGACACAUAUAUUUCCUGGCACCUUCAUAUCUGUGUCAACACAAUCCUUUUUUUUCACUUCACUCCCUCUUCCUCCCUUUUUCCGCUCCCUUCUUUCCUUCCUACUCCCUCCUCCACCCUUUUUCCACUCCCUUCUUUCUUUUCUACUCCCUCUUCCUUCCUUCUUGCAUUCCUACUGGGGGGCUUUAAACAUCUGGGGGCUUUAAGCAGCUCCUUCAGCAGCAGACUUAGACUCCCACCUUGCAAGAAGGAGCGCUACCACAGGUCAUUCGUCCCUUCUGCUUUAAGACUUUACAACGAACUGCAAUACUUUUUAUCUGGUACUUAAAUUGUGUAUAUUGUAUAUAGUUUUAUUUUUCUUCUCCCUUUUUCCUUUUCUAAAUGUUUUCUUAAUUAGAACAUUUAUUUAAGUUCUUAAUAUACGAUCUUUAUUUUCACAACUGCAUUUUUGCACUUUGUCUGUGAUGCUGCUGUGACAAAAAAAUGUCCCCCAUGGAGGAUCAAUAAAGGAAUAUCCUAUUCUAUUCUAUUCUAUUUUAUUCUCUACUCCCUCUUCCUCUUUGUUUGCUCCCUUCUUACCUUCCUACUUCCUCUUUCUCUGUUUUUACACUUCCUUCUUUCCAUCCUACUCCCUCUUCCUUCCAAUUGCUCUCUUCUUUCCUUCCUACUCCCUUCCUCAACUCAACUCAAACUUUAUUUAUAGAGCACUUUAAAAACAACCGAAGCUGACCAAAGUGCUGUACAGGUCAAUAAGACACAGUGAAAUACAUAAAACAGACAGUAAACAAUAUGAUCAAAAACGCAGAAUACAAGAUUAAAUUACAGCAAAGUAAAAUACAGGUAAGGUACAAAUACACCAUAAAUAUAAACAAAUAUAAAAUACGUAGGUAGAUAAAAAACAAAUAUAAAAUAUAAAAUUCCUCCCUUUUUCCGCUCCCUUCUUUCCUUUCUACCCCCCUUUUCUCCCUUUUUUGGCUCCCUUCUUUCCUUCCUACACCCUCUCCCUCUUCCUCCCUUUUUUGCUCCCUCUUUUCCUUCCCACUCCCUCUUCCUCCCUUUUUGCUUCCUUUUUUCCUUAGUACUCCUUCUCCUUCUUCCUCCUUUUUUCGCUCCCUUCUUACCUUGCUACUUCCUUUUCUACCCUUUUAUUCGCUCCCUUCUUUCCUUCCUACUCCCUCUCCCACCCUUUUCACACUCCCUUUUUUCCUCUCUACCCCCCUUUUCUCCCUUUUUUGGCUCUCUGCUUUCCUUCCUACACCCUUUUCCUCUUCCUCCUUUUGUAUCCUCUCCACUUAAAUCUUCUGCUCACCUAUUGGCUGAUUAAUUUUCACCCUUCUAUUUUUCUCCAGGCCUUGAAAACAGAUUCUCUAAAUAAUAAAUGAAAAAAACAAAAUUAUUCAUUGAGGUUAUUUCUAGUGUAAAGUUCACCUGAGCUCCAGGUCACUCAGGACUUGUUUUCCCGCUCAGGUGUUCAGGAGGUCAGGUACAGCCCACUUGUUACUCCUGCCUAUGAUAAACAUAUAAAUAAAGGUUUACAGUUUUGACCAAGUUUUACUGCAGGAUGUGAAUCAGGGUGACCGUGCAGAGGUCAGUUCUUGUUUUUAUGUCUUAUAAACAGUUCGCACAUGUGACGCUGUCUAUUUUUGUCACAGUAAACUUUAACAGGAGUUUGAAGGCAGUUCAGUUUAAAGUGAAAAAUUAAUACAUACCUUGACUUUAUAACCGAAAAGAAGUUAACAGGGAGGGUAAUUCAAAAUCUUCUUCGGCACAUGAUGUUUAGGUAUGUAUGUCAACCUUCAGAAUGACCCGAGUCCUUUACCACCCCUGUAAGGUUUGUUGAUGUGUUUUAACAUCAUGUGUAAGACUAAAUAAAGUUAGGACAGAAUGAAAAAGGGGAGACAAGUCCUGCUUAUUUUUCUGUCAUUGAAAACAGAAGCUGAGCGCAGAAACCCUCCUGUUUUUUUUUUUUUUUAAAUAAUGUUGUAUUUUAAAGACAGUUUUCACCCCUCAGGCCUCUUUUGAAUUUUCUGAUUUUUUUGGUAUCCUGCAACUUUAUUAGUAAGAACUUUAAAUUACUGAUAAUUAAACCUGUUAGUUAGCCCUGAAACUAAAGUUCAUAUUUGUUCUUCUUUUUUUUUUGCUGAAAACUGAGGAGUUUAAAACCCUACUGUGUCAAACAAAUAUCAAUUUAACAUUUUAAGAUCUUUUUAUCCAUAUAAAUAGCUGAGGUAUUUUUGAAUCUACUCAACAAUUUUAAAAUUUUCAGUGAGAGAUUGGUUUAAACCAUAUUUAACUAACUUUCUUCCUUCUAUCCAUCCUUCCAACCUUUUUCCUUCCUUCCAUCCAUCCUUUCCUUUCUCCUACCUUUCUUCCUUCCAUCCUUCCAUCUUUCCUUCCCUUCUUCCUUCCAUCCAUCCAUCCUUCCUUUCUUCUAUCCUUUUUCCUUCCUUCCUUCAAUCCUUCCACCCUUCCUAUCCUUUCAUCCUUCCUCUCUUCCUUCCCUUCAUCCUUUCUUCCUUCCUUCCUUCCUACCUACCUUUCUUAAUUUCUGCUUUCCUUCCUACCUCUUAACCUUCCUUCCUUUCUUUCAUCCUUUCUUCCCUCCCUCCUUCUUUCCUUUCUGCCUGCCUUCCAUUCUUCCUUCCAUCCUUCCUUUCCUUCUUCCUUUCUUUCUUCCAUCCUUUCUUCCUUUUUUCUUAUCCUUCCAUUAUUCCUUCCCGUCUUUCUUCCAUCCAUCCUUCCUUCCUUCCCUCCUGCCUUCCAUCCUGUCUUCCCAUCUUUCGUUUCUUCCUUCCCUCCCUCCUUUGCUGAUGUUUCUAGACUUUCUUGGCUGACAUUCCUGAUCUAAACUCUGAUCCCUCUUCUCCUUCGUCAGGUCUGGGUUAUGCCUCCAUGGUGAUCGUGUUUUUCUGUAACACCUACUACAUCAUGGUCUUGGCAUGGGGCUUUUACUACCUGAUCAAGUCCUUCAACACCACGCUGCCCUGGUCCACCUGCAACAACGAGUGGAACACGCCCAGCUGCCUGGAGAUCUUCAGACAUCAGGACUGCAACAACGCCAGUGUCCCCAACGACACCAUCAUCAGCGGCAACAUGACCUGUGCCCAGCUGGCCGAGGCCCGAUCCCCUAUCAUCGAGUUCUGGGAGUGAGUUCCUGAUCUUGUUGCUUCUGGUUCAAGGGACAGGGGUUUUCAGAGCAUGUGAAGAUGGUUUUCGACUUAAAGUUUAAGAAAGACUCCAUCCAACAGUUUUAGAACGUUUCUAAAAGUUCUGCUAAAGCUUUAAAAUAACUCCUCUUUAAAAAGUCUCCUGAAGCUGGAAAAUAUUCACUCAGACUGAGUUUCCUCAAAACAUGUCUGAGAAAGUUUUAUUUUAAAACCUGGAAAUUAUUGACAGGAGCCACAGCAUGGUCACCAGAUAAAUUCAGACCAAACAUGUGACCUUAUUUAACCUCUGUUAUAUCUUAAAAAAGCUCCAAGUCUGCUUCGUUGUCAGCGUCUCAGUGUAUCACAGAGUUUAUUAUCACCUCUGAGCUCGGCCUCUCUGCUGCAGUCAGACUGAGCAGCUCAUUAUCACACCUGCAGGUAACCAGGUGAAAAUGUCGGUCAGCUGACAGAGCUCAUUAAUGUCUGAGUUUACUGUGGGGUCAGCACCUCCACGUCUCUGAGGAGAGGAGGAGGUCAGGACAGGACAAGAGAUCGUAAAGGUAAUAAUAGAGUUAAUGAAUGAAGGAAUACAGCCCUCUUUAUCUGCUUUUACAGACCGAGGUGACGUGAGCGUUAAAAUGAGGUUAAAGUGCUGAUGAAAAAUAAUACUGCAUUAUCGAAGAGGAAACUCGUCUGCUCUUGUCUCGUUUUGAGACAGUAUAGAUUUCAUAACAGUUUAACCCUGACGUCCUUUUCAAAUUAAGCUGACAUCAACGUUAUCUAUCUGGUGCACCUCACAGUGGGUCCUCACAGUCCAAAUCCAGUAAAAGAUUUAAUCCAAAAACGUCCAUAAAGGUCCUCAGAUUACUUUUAAUACUUUUAUUUUUAGAUGCUUUUUCUUAAAUACAAGUCCCUGUUCAUGAACUGUUUUUGGGUUGGAUCAAAUAAGAGUUGUGGGUUAGUUUAAAAGUUUUCUUCUUUCUGCAGGAACAAGGUGCUCAAUAUCUCCACGGGUCUGGACGACAUUGGACAGUUUAACUGGGAGCUCACGUUGUGUCUGAUGGCUGUCUGGGUUCUGGUUUACUUCUGCGUCUGGAAGGGUGUCAAAUCCACUGGGAAGGUACGUUUUUAUUUGAUAUGGCCUUUCUGGUUUCCACUGGUUGAUAUGCAAAAAUAGUCUGUCUCCUUUCUUAGAGAUGAGAGACUUAAAAAAUGCAAAAAAAUCAAACCAUUAGCCUCGUAUACAGCAAAUGAUAUCAUGUUUAUAUUGGGAUAAUGUAAUUAUGAUUAAUCUAUAUAGGUGAAUUAGAAUAAGAAAAAACUAUCAGGAAAAUAGAUGUCAGUCUUUGACAACAUUACCUCUUCUCUGAAAACUAAUUUCAACGUAUAAUAAUAUAAUAAUAAUAAUAAUUAUUAUUAUUAUUAUAUGAUUAUUAUUAUUAUUAUUAUUACUAUUUUUUUAACAUAUUAUUUUUUUCUCUCGAUACAAUUAUUAUCAUUAUUUUUAUUAUUAUUAUUAUUAUAUUUUAUUAUUUAUUAUCAUCAUUAUUAUUAUAUUGUUAUUGUUAUUAUUUAUUUAUUUAUUAUUAUUAUUAUUAUCAUUAUUAUUAUUAUUAUCAUCAUAGACAUUAUUAUUAUUACCAUAGACAUUAUUCCUAUUAUUUUUAUGAUGAUGAUGAUGAUGAUGAUGAUUGCACAAAUAUCAUUUUGAGGAUUGGUAGGUAUUUAGGUUCCUUUUAAGUCUUAAGGUGGGUCCCUGAUGUAAGAACAUACAUCCAUCUAUCAGUAAAAAAAAAGAAAAGCAAAACUUUGUUUUAAAUUAGAUGACAUCUAUCCGUAUUUUUACUGUUUACUUACAAAUCUGUUCUUACUGAGUAACAAAAAUAAAAAAACAAAAUGUAUUUAUUUAAGCAUCUGUUUAUGAAUUUAUUCGUUUAUUUAAGCCUUUUUUGGGACCAGUUGGUACACGGGUCCCCAAAAGUAUUAUUGGAAAUCACUUCCCCACAAUCCCAUAAAUAAAAAGACAUAUCCUGCAGCCAGCUUCACAAUAGAAUAGAAAUAUAACAAAACAAAAUAAGUAGUUGGUAAUACAGUGGUCUACUUUGCUCUAUCCUAAAAUAAAUCUAAACUACUGAAGUGGACUUUUUAAAAAAAUUCUCACCAAGUCCUUAUUCUGGGACCUGUAGGUAUUUAGGUCCCCAUGAGGAUUAUUCAAAUCCGUGUCCCCAUAAUGCCAUUAGAUCAAGAACACCUGUCCUUCAGCUGGCAUCAUACUGACUGUCAGGUGGUACAGCGCGCUAACAGCUGGGCUUAAACUACAUUACAUAACACCACUGAAGGUCAAAGGUCACCUGAUCAGUAAUAUUAUGUCAGGAUGGAGGGUGUAAUAAUGUAACCUGUGUGUUAAUCAUGUGAGGUGAUUAAAAACGAAGACUCAGCCUUGUCGUCACUUUUGUUCUCCUGCAUCCAGUCUUUGAAAAUGUGGGCCUGUUCCUUUAAAUCCUUCAAAUGAGAGCAUACAGCAGUGUGUGUGUGUGUGUGUGUGUGUGUGUGUGUGUGUGUGUGUGUGUGUGUGUGUGUGUGGGGGGGGGGGUUGUGUGUUUCACUAGCUCGUGAUGAUGGCACUCGUACACACCGCUGUCACAUGGCAGGCUAAGCGUUGCCAUGACUACGUCAUCGAGGGGAUGAGGAGGGGGGGCAGUGAGGUGGCAGGCUGUGAUUGGUCGAUGGGAGGGAGGGCAGCUUUGACUGCAGUGGGACGUGACUGGGAGACAUAGAGAGGAAAAUACCCAUGAACACUCCAAGUACUGUGCUUUCUGAGUACAGUCAUGUGUACUGUACUGGACAUGCUUCAUAUAUAUAUAUAUAUACUGCACAGAAACAUCUUUAUCUUACGAUCUGAACCUCCAUCUGACCGUUUCUGUGACCCCUCCGGGUCUAAUCUCUGUUCAUGUAGCAAGAUCGAACACAGUUCUUCAAAGUGUUCAGGGUCAGGGUUAAAACUACAGUUAAGGACCUGUUUAGGAGCACGGUUCAGACCAUUUAGAGUAAAAAAAAUAGGAAAAAUGUCAAAACACACACUUAUAGAAACAUGUAUCGAUCCAUCACAGACAAACACACACACACACCUUUAACAAACACACUCAGUGCUCGGUCAACAGCCUCCAGGCUUCUGCAGAAGUGAUAAAAACUAAAUCAGAGAAACAUGAAACCAAUAGUCCUGAAACUAAAGUUCAUAUUUGUUCUUCAGUGACUCCAACUACAGAGUCCUGAUGCUCCUAAAACUGGAGAUCUUGUUCAGCAUUAAUGGAGCCUUCACAGAUGUAGAAGAUACCCAGGGCAUAGACUCUGUUGAUCCCCAGACCAUCAGGGAUGCUGGAUUUGGACUUGGACGUCCCUUUAUAAAGCAGAGUUCAUGAUUUCCCAGAUUUUGAUCGGCUAAUUUAAUACUUUAUUCAGUUUUUACAUUUGUUUACAUUUUAAAGUUUUGAUGUCCUCCUGCAGAGUUCAUCCAGGACUGGUUCUUGCUGUUUCAGAGAAUAUAAAAUCAAACAAACAGCCUGUAAAAAAAAAACAGCCAACCUGUCACACUUUAACACUUUACACCUGGUCAUUUCUGAGCACAAUAAAGUUUCACUGCUGUCUGCAACAGAUAAACAGUUUUUGAUCUUGACUUUACAGACGAGUUCCUGCUGAUAUCACAUUUAUGAUUAUACUCCUGAGAAGUGCUGUUUAGAUAAAGUUUAUUAUCUUUAUUUUUAUACAGCCGCGGUUUUUGGAUCCAGUGGUGUUCACACGGGUCUCAGUACCGACAGAAACCCGAUUUGAAUGUUGAUCAUCAGCAGGAGGCUGAAAGCUGAGAGUCAGAGCAGACGGGGACAGAAGAGCGAGUGGUGAAAUAAGAGCAGGACCCCCAAACUAACAAAAACCAGAGACUGACAACCCCCCCUCUGCUCUUUGACAGGGUUGGAUACUUCCCUCAGUCUACAUUAGCACAGAAAACCACAGUAGCCAAACUACCAGGACAUUAUCUGACAAUUAUUAAAGAAAGAGAGAGGCAGAAGAAAAAUAAUGGUGUAUCCCCAAUCGCAUACUUCCAAACUAAAUACUUAGAUUUUUCAAAUUGAGUAUUCUAAGCAUACUAUGUACUCAGUCGUUUAGUGCUUGAGUUUCAAGGGUGCAGUGUUGUCCCAAAUCGCUUACUGCCGAGCUGCGCACUCACCGAAAAUGACAACGUGAUUUCUUCUUCUACGCCAAUUUGUCACCAGCUAGCUCUGCAUCAGCUAAUUACCACCACCUUUUGCCUGUGCUCGUUCAUCCACUUUUGAGGUAAAAUCAGCAACACUGUUCGCGGUGAAAGACAAACAGGUUACCCAGGUUACACCACAAAUAUACUCAAAACGAUAAACGCCGGUGGUGCUUGGUGGAAAGAACAUGUGUAAAAGGCAACUUAUUACCUACAUGUGAACAAAGCUUCCAGGUCGACUGUCGCCGACCCACUGGCACCACAGCAGUCCGCAGCCAUUCUUACUGAUGAAAUGAUUGCGGCAAGUGUCCACAGUCAGAUACUCAAAAUCUUGACCGAUUUGAGUACGUCAUCCGGGUACUUUUGCCUACUCAAUUUUCGCAUACUAUCCAUACUUUUUUCCAUUUGCGUUGAGUAUACUCAAAAUUUAAAGUAUUUGGCCACACCAUAAGACUAUGGCAGAGUAAGAAGUAUUUGGUGAUAUCUGUGUGUGUCUGCAGCUUUAAUAAUUCUGACUGUAAACCUGCUUUAAAGGGAUAUGAAUGUUGCCGACUGUUUGCUUCUCUAGUUAUACCAACUUUAGUAACAACUACAGCCGGGUGACGCAGCUCAAGAAAAAACAUUUAUGAUCAUUUCUUCAUGGAAAUACAAUCAGACCGAGACGCUAAGGCAGAAGAACUACCGCGUCUGCAGUGCAAAAUGAUUAAUAUGAUGAUUAUUACUUCAAGGAAAUGAUAAAGAAAUGAUCAUAAAUGUUCUUCCUUGAGCUGUGUCACCCCGCUGUAGUCCGUACGUAAUGGACUGGCCUGAGGUCUCGCUACAUACAAGUGGCUGCUGGAAGAGAGUAGGUGAGUUGUGUUUAGUGUCUUUGCUAAAGAAAUUAGUCAAAGUUUAAAAGAUGUUUGGUGGCUAGGACUAUAUGUCCUGUUGAUGAAGUUAGGUGCUGUUCUGAGCAUUAUUUGUGGCUAUAGAGUGGCGUUUUGGUUGAGGUUUGUUUAUGGCUCCUCAGACCGCUGUGUAUUGCUAUCCUGCGGUCGUUAAUAAAGUUGGUAUAACUAAAGAAGCAAGCGGUCGGCAACAUUCAUCUCUGGAGGGGGUGUCUAACUACUGUGUUUGACCCUGAAUUAAUUUUACGUCGGAAUAUCCCUUUAAUGCAGCAGGUUCAAAUGAAGCUUUUGUUCUAAUUCUAUUUUAUUUAUUUGGCUUCUGAACAUCCCUGCUCCACACACCGACAUCAUGAAAUACAGUUUCAAAAAGGUUCCUUUUCAGUAAAACCACUGCACAUCAAUCCAGAAAUAAGUGUGUGUAACUGUGUGUGUGUGUGUGUGUGUGUGUGUGUGUGUGUAUGUGUAUGUGUGACUCGAGGGUGUGUGUGCUUCAAUAGAAAAAUGUUCUCUGCUGUGAUUUGACUGAAACUCGACUCCACCUGGGACCGGACGCUCUCCGUGGUGCUGAAACUCCAAAUUCCUGUCUGCCUGAGUGUGUGUGUGAGUGUGUAUAUAAGUGAGUGUGUGUGUGUGUGUGUGUGUGUGUGUGUUCAGUCUCAGCAGGCCUCUUUUCCUUUUGUUUCCUUAGAUCAGGUUCAUGUUUAGUUUCCUCUCGGCUGUUUUCUUUGCUCUGAUUCUCACAGAUUUCUCCUUGGUGGUGGGGGUUCAUGCAGGGUUUUAAUGUGUAAUAUGUACCUGUGUGUGUGUGUGUGUGUGUGUGUUUCAGAUUGUAUACUUCACUGCCACCUUUCCUUAUGUGGUCCUUAUCAUACUGCUGGUCAGAGGUGUCACACUACCAGGGGCCACAACUGGCAUCAUGUACUACCUAAAACCCGAUUGGUCCAAACUGGAGGAGGCUCAGGUGAGUCCACAGUGACAGGUGAUGAUGUCCUAGGAUCUCCUGUCAGGUAAACAUGUCCAAACGCUCCUUUUUUUUCUUCCUCUCUGCUUUUUUGGUGAAACUGUAAAAGAAGAAUCAUUCGUUCUUUAUUCAGGUGUGGAUCGAUGCUGGAACUCAAAUCUUCUUCUCCUACGCCAUCGGACUCGGGGCUCUGACCGCGCUGGGCAGCUACAACCGCUUCAACAAUGACUGCUACAAGUAUGGCAAACACACAUGCAUGUCUAACUCAACAUUUGAGGACCUUUGCAUAUAAUUAGCAUGAUGAGGACCUGACCAAAAUGUAACCAAUCAGAGCUAAACAGCCAUGAAAGUGAUGUGUUACCUUUUAAAACAGCUGAAAUGAUCAAAUCCUGGACAAUCUGAUUGAUUGACAAUCAAUCAAAAGAAAGUAUCAAUAAUUCAAGUCAAUAGGAAUGUCAAGUGCACUUUAAACAACCUCAAAAAAUCAAAUAGUUACAUACUCAAUCAGAUAUAAAUAACAAUCUGGUUGAGCAACAUUAAUAUCGAUCAUGGAGCGAUUAUCCAGUGAUCGAGUUCAGCCCCAACCAAACCUCACUGCAGUUUAACAUGUUUCUACAAAAAGCUGCUCAAAAUUAACAUGUCGCAGGGAAUAAAACUAGCAACUGCAAUGUCAAUCCAUCCACCAACAUUAAAUACUUUACCUUAAUUUUCUUCAGUUUUACUCCCUCUCUUUCUUUCACCGCCCAACAGCGAACAUGGCUGAAAACCCUGCGAGGCAUUAAAUGGUAUUAGUGACUGCUACACAACAACAUCAUACAAGGUUUUUAAUGAAACAACAGAAAGCUCACCAAAGAUCGAAAAGUUUAAAUCCCUGAAGAAUGACACAUGCUCUUUGUCUGAGGUGCCAACGGUCAUGCUGCAGCUACAGCGCAGUGUUGUUUUCGUCAACUAUGAUGUUGACGAAAAUAUUUUCGCGCGCCCACGUGUGUGUGUGUCUGUGUGUUGGAGGAGCACAGCAGGCUGAUGAGAGCUGUCAGAGCGGAUUGAAGCUGCUCCUAUGUGUUCAGUGUUUAACUGACUGAAUUUUGCAACUCUGUUCGUCGUUUUCGUCUCGUCCCGUCAACGUAAACGCACUUUCGUCUCGUCACAUUUUAGUCAUCUCCGACUUAUGUUUAGCUCGUCAACAUUACGUCUUCGUCGUGGAAGAAAAGGGAAAUAUUUUCGUCAACGAAAACAACCAGUGUUGUUCUCGUUGACGAAAAUAUUUCCCUUGUUUGACGUUGACGAAAAUAUUUGACGAAAUAUGACGAAAACAACACUGCUACAGCGAAGAUGAAGAGGGGGAGUGAACAGGUAAACUCCCCAACGACAGGAAGUUGCCCUACUGCCAUAAAAUCUUUUAAUUGUGGGUUACACACAUUGUGUGUCUGUCUGUACUUGAGGGGACCCUUGGUUAAAAUCUCCAUUCUGAGGACCUGGAUCAAACCUCACCCAUUGUAGUAAAAUUCCCUAAAACAUUAUUAAGGGUCAAUUACUGAACUGUUUGGGAUGUUUCAGGUGUUUGAUAUCUUCAACUGUCUUCUGAUAAAACUUCUAAUUCUCUCUCUCACUCUCUCCCCUCCCCCACAGAGAUGCCUUCGUCUUGGCCCUGAUAAACAGUGGAACCAGCUUUUUCGCUGGAUUUGUCGUGUUUUCUAUUCUGGGCUUCAUGGCGAACGAGCAGGGAGUAGAUAUCUCGCAGGUUGCUGAAUCAGGUAAAAUGACACGAAGCAGCUGGUCCUUUUUCCUGAUGUCUUUCUGUGUGUGUUAUUUCCAAGAUAGUUAUCUGACAAUAUCAGCAGCAAAAAGAUGUCACUGUUUGUUUUUUUGAGAUUUGGUUGAAUUUGCUUUUGUACUUGAGUUUUAAAAUGCCUUUCCACAAGUGAAGCAAAGAUUAAAUUGUGUAGCAGUGGUAAGACCGAUCUUUAUGAGUCCACAAAAAUAAGACUUAUAGAUCAAAGGAGCGAAACAUAGCUACAUAGAACAAAAAUGUAUGCGCAUAAAAGUUGAAAAUAGAGUAAGCUAAGUAGAAAAAAUAGUGGCCUUGGUAAGUUAGACAUGAAUCUGUAAUGGUGAAGCUCUACCACUACUUGUGGAAAUGUGUUACUCUUAUUUCAAUGUUUUCAGGAGCAAAUAGACACAAAAGAAGCUAACUGGUUUAAAAAUCAGAGUAUGUGGCAGCUCAGGGGGGCAAAAAAAAUCUGUUGUCUGAUGAAUUUUCACCAUAACAAGGUUUUGAUCUAACAGAAGGUUAUUAACACGUUAUUAAGAGCUUUGUCAUCUGCCGCCCCGAGGAGGGAAAUCUGCACUAAGAGAACCUUUACUCCAGAUUACUUGAAGUACACUUUGUUGGUAUAUAUGCUCAGUAACAUGAGGAGAACUAAAAAUUUAAACCUUUAAUUUGUACUUUUUACGUGUUUUAAGACGUGUUUUGCUGGUUUAACUUACAUAACUGAUCUGGAUUCUGAGAAAUAAGAGUAAAACCUGCUUCUGCAGACUGAAUGAAACCAGAGGGGUGUGAGUUUGACUCGUACAGUCAUUAGCCGACUGUAUGUUUAUUUAUAGCUCUGAAGCACAUGAUCUGACAUCACACAUACAUAUGCACACACGCUCACACACACUCACACACAGUUAUAUUUAGUGGCUCCACUGAGGGCAGCGUGCCGCUGCAGCGCUCUGACGCUCUCACAUUUUUGUUUCUCGUCUUCAUCAUUCAGCUCUCUCUGUUUUCAUACACACACUUCACAGAAGUGUGAUGGUGAGAGUGUUAAUAUCAUGAUUUUCUGAAUCACAUCUUUUACUCCAGACAUGCUGAGCAUGCUGGAAUAAGAGUGCAGGUACUCAGAGCUGAUAAAACAGCCGCUUCAGUCUGACUGAUGGUAAAGGGAUAAAAUGAAAGCAUCGUGAGAACUUGAAUCAUUUUAUUUUAAUCCUGCUGCAAAAAGAACAAAUGCAAAUCCAAUUUACUGAAUCCUGGGCAACACGUUAACACUGGUUUAAAGUAUUAGCAUCUCUGAGUGUGUGUGUGUGUGUGUGUGUGUGUGUGUGUGUGUGUGUGUGUGAGUAGCAUUUACUGGAGGAUUAACCAAGAACUUUCACCUCGUGACAUGUGACCCGGCCCAAACUAACCACAGACAAGCACCAGUAUAAAUGCAGUUUGUCAUUUUUGUAUUGCACCUUUAAUCUGCAGAUAACGAUGGUUCAUUUGCUGCUUCUACUUCAAAUUUUUCAUUUGAUCAUAAAUUAUUGAUUUAAUUUCAUUUACUUGUUGAAAAUUGGAAGCUUUUUUUCAUUUUAGGUAAAAGGAAAUAUUGGAAAUCAAACAGUGAAAGAAGGAAAAGCCACUUUGGUUACGGUGUAAACGUAAAGGUAUUUACCCUCUUCAGCGGCUCAGCCUUUAUUUACUCUUGGUCAACUGGAAGGUGCAGUAAAUAUGCAUGGGCUUCAGUGUGUGCAGGAUGAUUUGACAAUGAGUAAAACUUGCACAACUGAGAGUAGGGCAGAGUAAGAAGGGUGUCAAACCAACGUAACAUGAAAAAUGAAAAAAGCCUGCAAGACUUAAAAUCAUAACAACCUUUAUUCAAACUGUCAAGGUUCAACUUUUACAUCGAUGCACUGGCAUGGAUAGAGUCAGACUUAUAUGCUCGUCUUAUACGGACUGUAACAUCGGAGUUCCACAGGGAGCAAUCCUAGAGACGCUUUCGUUUACUUCGUAUAUUACCCCCAAUUUCCACUGCAUCCUGAACGGCAACAGAAAGGCCGUAUUUGCUGAUCAUAGAGUUCUAUUUUUUCCAGACGCCAGAGCAGGCUGGAUAAAUUCAGCACAGUUUAACACGUGCUGGAGAGGAAGUCGGGCACAGACAUAAAAUAAAAUAUCCGGCUUUUCAAAAUAAAAAACUCUGUGUUUCAGGCGGAUCGUAUUUCACACCAUGCAAACAGGCGGAGACAAACAAGUGAAAGGUUUUUAGACGUCAUUUCACCCCGAUGACACCAUGGAUGAGGAGAUGCUGAUUCUAGAAGUCUAGAAGUAGAUUUCCUCCUCUGGAAGGACACAAUCUACUGCUUAUAUGUCUAUGUGGCUGUUUUUAUUGAGGCAACUAAUUAUCGUGCGAUUGAAUGCGAAUCUGCGUGUGUUAUGGUUGAAUGGUUAGGGGAAGAUGGGAAGUAACAAAAAUUAAACUGGGCAGGUGAGACGAAAUGAAGAGUAGGAAACAGGAAAUCAGAAUGAGCAAGUAAUUUAUUUACAAUCAAAAAAUAAUCACAAAAAAAUUAAACAACUAAAGGCAAGCACAAAGCCGAUUAUCAAUAAUUUUAUUCAAAAACCAAAGUCCACUGCCAACUAACUAAUCAAACAAAAGAAACAUCACAGGCUCCUGCCACCAGGAAACCUGGUCUUCAAAAACACCAAAACGCACAAGACGGAAACACAGUCAACAAUCGGGAGGUCUGCAGCACGAGUGACAGUCAUGAGGGCUGAGAGAGAGAGAGUCAGCCCCACUUAUCACACCAAGCAGGUUCACCUGACACACCUGGGGAGGAACCGACCAGAGAAAGACACAGCAGAAGACAUAGGACACACCCACACCCACAGCCGUAACAGUAGAUUCUUUUGAGUUCUCACGAUUCCUGCUGUCAGUAAUCUGCCACAAAAUUUGCCUCACAAACGAAUCCGGUAGGAAUUGGCUGACAGCGAAAAUCACCGCCGUUCUGGAUUGGAGACGUUCUGGUAAUAUGCUUGUCUUUUAUGGACUGUAACAUUGGAGUUCCACGGGGAGCAAUCCUAGGGCCGCUUUUGUUUACUUUGUAUAUUAAUGAUCUGCCCCUUUCCACAUUCACACAUAUGCAGAUGGCAUAGUUAUUUACACAAAUGCUCAAACAAGAGAUUAAGCUGCUUCCAAACUCUCUGCGGUGUUAAAGUCGGCACCAGUCUGGUUGAUCUUGUGUGUAUGUAUGAUGCAUAAAUCCCGUAUGCAUUCUCUGUGUGUCUCAGGUCCUGGUCUGGCCUUCAUUGCGUAUCCGAUGGCGGUCAGUCUGAUGCCGGUGGCUCCGCUCUGGGCGGCGCUCUUCUUCUUCAUGCUGCUGCUGCUGGGACUGGACAGUCAGGUGACCAUGACUGAAAUCUCCCCAUUUAUGAGAAAUGAAAUACGCCUCACUAAUUCAGCCGAGCCCUGCCUUUGUAGCUCUCUGUCUAAUUUGUAUGUUAAAUGUAGAUAACUUUUGACCAGUUAAACAAAUACAGUCUGUGCCUAAAUUCUUACUGUUCAUAUUAAUUAGUAUAAAAUGUUUUAAAGCAUUUAUAAAUUAAAGGGAUUUUAAAGGGAUGGCUUCUGAAACCAUCUAAUUUUUUGUGUAUUAACAGAGACCCAUUGUACUCAUUUCCCCCUUCAGUCUGUCAGUCUGGUACACCUGUAGAGACGCUUAGUGUGAUUAACAGCUCAAAAAACUCAAUAUCAAUGUCUGCGAAUUUUCUUAUUUCAGACACUCAUUAGCCUCUGCUUGAAACGCUUAGUUUAGCUGCUUUUCCACCAACAGAAAGUUCGACACAGCUUUGGGAUGUUACUUUUUACACAGCUCUGUAGUCAUGAAAUGACCUGAAUCUUUCACAGAAGACCUCUGUGUAUGUUGGCAUAUGUUAGCCGUCUUCAUGGAUGAACAGCUCCAGGUCCCAGGCUCAUGUGCUGCUGGAGCUGAUGUUUUUAGGUCACAUAGACAUACUGUCAAACUUGGUCUUUCUCACUUUCUUCUGUCUCUGUCCUCUGUCUCUCUCUGUCUACAGUUUGUUGGGGUGGAGGGUUUUGUCACUGGAAUUCUUGAUCUGUUUCCUGGAAGGCACGUCUAUCGCUACAAGAGGGAGAUAGCUGUGGCAAUAUGCUGUUUACUGUGCUUCAUUAUUGACCUCUCCAUGGUGACACAGGUGAGCUACAGACUGGUUUUAUGCUAAUGACUAAAUCACCAUCAAUUUAUUUAUUUUUGUUAUUUAUUUUUAAACAAUUUUUGUCAUAUAACUAAUAACUGGAUUAUUGAGGAAGGUGAUUUUGAUUCUCUCUCUCUGCAGGGAGGGAUGUACGUCUUCCAGUUGUUUGACUACUACUCGGCCAGUGGAAUGACUCUGUUGUGGCAAGCAUUCUGGGAAUGCAUAGUAGUUGCCUGGGUCUAUGGUAUGUAUUACACACACACACACACAGUGUCGUGUUUCAUUGCUCAGUAUUUGCAUGAUGAGCGAUGUAUAGAAUAGUAUAGUCUAAUAUGUCAGAUCAUAAAUAGGUAAGUCACAGGAAAGUUUUGUCAAAAGAGACACAGCCUAAUUGUUAAAGAUGUUUAUUGUCUUAUUUAACGGAAUGACAAAAAUAUAUGUGAAGAAUGAUAAAAAUGUCCUGGUAUAGGAUGUUUAACAUAUCAUUGUAUAGUAUGAUAAAAAUAAAGUAUAGUGUGAUAAAGAUGUCAUAGUAAACCAUGAUAAGAAUUUCAAGUUUUAGAAUGAAAAAAAGUAGUAGUAUUGUAUGAUAAAAAAUGUUAUAGUAUAGUAUGAUAAAAAUUUCAAAUUUUAAUAUGAAAGAAAGUCAUGUUUAGUAUGAAAAAAAAAAGUCAUAGACUGGUAUGAUAAUGUCGAAUUCUGGUAUGAAAAAAAGUUUAGUAUAGUAUGAUAAAAUGACAUAGUAUAGUAAGAUGAGAAUUUCAAAUUUUAAGGAUAAUAGGAACUGUAUUUAUCCCAGAGCAGAAUAUUAUGGUAUGAAAAAAGAUCAUAGUAUAGUUUAACCAAAAAAAAGCCAUUGUAUACUAUGAUAAAAAAUUUUAAUUUUAGUAGAAAAAAAAAUGUUGUAGUAUGACAAAAAAAUAUCAUAUUGUAGUAUGACCAAAAAAAUGUCAGAGAAUACUAUGAUUAAACUUUAGAAUGUUUGCGUGAAAAAAGUCAUAGUAUAGCAUGAUAAAAAUAUUUCGGACUAGAACAUGAAUUUUUUUUCGCCCUUAAAUAUGACAUUUUUAACAUACUGUACUAUGACAUUUUGAUUUUUUUUUCUCUCACACUUAAAUAUUACAUUUUGAACAAACUUUACUAUGACAUUUUGAUCAGACUAAACUGUGGCAUGUUUUUUUUUCAUCCUAAAAUCUGAAAUUUUUUUUCACCCUAAAAUCUGGAAUUUUUAUCAUAUUAUACUGAUGUUUUUUUCAGACUUAAAUAUGAUUUUUCACAUACUAUACAAUGGCAUUUUGAUCAGACUGUGCCAUGGCAUGUUUUUUCAUCCUAAAAUCUGAAUUUUUUUUUUCACCCUAAAAUCUGAAAUUUUCAUCGUAGUAUACUAAGACAUUUUUUUUUCAGACAAAAAUAUGAUUUUUUUUUCUCAAACCACAACGUUACAUUUUUAUAAUACUACACCACUGUAUUUAAUCAAAAUCAAAAUAUAAUUUUUUUGUUCACAUUAAAAUAUGACAUUUUUUACAUACUUUACUAAGGCAUUUUGAUCAGACUAAACUAUGGCAUGUUUUUUCAUCCUAAAAUCUGAAAUUUUUAUCAUGGUAUACUAGGACAUUUUUUUCGGACUAAGAUACUAUUUUUUUUUCUUAUGCUAAAAUAUAACAUUUUGAACAUACAAUACUAUUGUAUUUUGAUCAGAUUAUACUAUGGCAUGUUUUUACAUCUUUAAAUCUGAAUUUUUUUUCAGUCUUAACUCAUAAAUGUUCAUCAUAGUAUGCUAUGACAUUUUUUUUUCUUCACUAGAAUAUGAGUUAUUCCUGCUUAAGUAUGACAUUUUGAACAUACUAUACAAUGGCAUUUUGAUCAGACUGUACUAUGACAUUUUUAUUCAACCCUUAAAUCCUAAUUUUUUUGCACUCUAAAAUCUGAAAUUUUCGUCAUGGUACGUUUUUUUUUUCAGGCUAAUAUAUGAUUUUUUUUUUCUCAAGCUUAAAAUUUGACAUUUUGAACAUACUAUUCUAUUGUAUUUUCAUCAGACUUAACUAUGGCAUGUUUUUUUCACCUAAAAUCUGAAUUUUUUUUUCACCCUAAAAUCUGAAAUUUUUAUCAAAGUAUACUAUGACAUUUUUUUUUUCAGACUAAAAUAUGAUUUUUUUGUUCAAGUUAAAAUAUGACAUUUUUUACAUACUUUACUAAGGCAUUUUGAUCAGACUAAACUAUGGCAUGUUUUUUCAUCCUAAAAUCUGAAAUUUUCAUCAUAGUAUACCAUGACAAGAUACUAUUUUUUCUUUUUCUCAUGCUAAAAUAUGACAUUUUGAACAUACUAUACUAUAAUAUUUUGAUCAGACUAAACUAUACUACUAAUAAGACAUGUUUUUUCAUCCUUAAAUCUAAAAUAUUUUUUUACCCUUAAAUCUGGAAUUUUGGUCAUAGUAUACUUUGACGUUUUUUUUGGGCUAAAAUAUGACAAUUUUUAACAUACUUUACUGUGGCAUUUUGAUCAGACUAUACUAUGGCAUGUUUUUUUACCCUUAAGUCUGAAAUUUUUAACAUACAAUACAAUCAAAAUUUUUAUCAUACUGUACUAUGACAUUUUUUUCAUACUUAUCGUACAUAUUAGUAUAGUAUGUUAAAAAUGUCAUAGUAUAGCUUAAAAAUGUCAUUGUAUAGUAUGAUAUAAGUGUCAUUGUACAGUAUGAUCAAAAAUGUCAAUUUCAUACCAGAGUUGUGUUUUUUCGUUUUUAUUUGAACAGAUGAAUAAACAGCAGCCUAUAAAUGUAACCCAAAGGUCAGAGUUGUACCAGGAUGUUGUGACUGUUGUUGGCUCAUGGUGGUUUGUCAUGCUGAUGAUUUAUUGCAGGUGCUGACCGCUUCAUGGAUGAUGUAGCUCGUAUGAUUGGCUAUCGGCCUUUUCCCUGGAUGAAGUGGUGCUGGUCCUUCAUAACUCCAUGUGUCUGCAUGGUGAGACUGAAACACUUACACUGCAGCGAGACAAUAACCUUACAGCCUCACCACAAUCUCUAUUUAGACAGCAGAAAAACACAUUUUUACAGCUUAAUAACAUACAAGAGUUCAGACAUAUUCAAAACACUUGAGCUCAGUUACAGAUAAUAAUUGUGACAUUUUUCCAGACUAAAAAAGCAGACAAAUAUUUAUAAUACAGACAAUACUCCUCUGAAAUAUAAUCACCUGCUGGGUUUAUGUGCUAAAUUUAAAUCAAUAUUUCAGACAUGGUGUAAAAGCUGCUGAGCUUUAAUAGUGUCUUGUAUUCAAACACUUCUCUGCAGACUUAAACAUUAAAACCAUAGUAUUAAUUAUUUACUAGGUUAAACUUUGAAGCCGCUCACCUUUCAGGAUCUCAUGGCACAUCUGGGAGCUUGAAUAUCUGAGCUGGUUUGGAAAAGCCUGAAAUUCCUCAAGGAAGAGCAGAGAUAAGCUGCAGCUGUUAUUCCUGGCUCCAGAACACCAGCUACAAAUAGAUAUACUUCCAAAAAAAACUGCACAAUGAGCGAUGCAUAAAUGUAAUACAGUCAAUGUGCAGAAAAAGGCCUCCAAAGGUGGUAUUAAAUAUGACGUCCUGCUCUUUCUGCAGGGGAUCUUCCUGUUCCACCUGGUGAACUACAAACCUCUAACCUACAACAACGUGUACGUCUACCCAUGGUGGGGUGAGGUGAUCGGCUGGUGUCUGGCACUGUCCUCAAUGCUCUGCAUUCCCAUCAGCCUCCUCUACAAACUCUUCAGAGCCAAAGGGACCUUCAAAGAGGUCAGUGCCUGCCCUGCAGGGUCAAAGAAGUCACAUUACAGACCAAAACCAGACCAAAAAAAAAACAAGGAUGAUUGUACAGUGAAGUGUCUUCAUAGGUCAAUGGUUAUCUGAAGACACCUGUGCAGGUUUUCAAACAUUAUUUUCAUAAUGUUUAAAAAGAUAAAGUAAGCUGAAAGAAAGUUCCCAUGUGAAUAUAGAGACAGUAAACUUUUUACCUUCUUACCCCUAAUUUCCACAGCAUCCUGAACGUCUACUAAAAGAUCGUAUCCUCCGAUCAUAGCUGAUUGUAACCAUUCAAGUUAACGUGUCAAUUUACACCGGCGUCUUUGCGUUCCUCUGCGGAUCGCCGGACUCCACAGCUGAUCGCAGGAGUUCUAUUUUUUCCGGAUGCCGGAUAAAUUCAGCACAGAUUAACCCGUGCUGGAAAGGAAGUGGGGCACAGACACAAAAUAAAACAUCCAGCUUCUUUUCAAAAUAAAACACUCCAUGUUUCAGGAGGAUUGUAUUUCAAACCAUGCAAACAGGCGGAGACGAACAAGUGAAAGGUUUUUAGACGUCGUUUCACCCCGAUGACACCAUGGAUGAGGAGAUGCUGAUUCUAGAAGUCUAGAAGUAGAUUUCCUCCUCUGGAAGGACACAAUCUACUGCUUAUAUGUCUAUGUGGCUGUCUUUAUAGAGACAAAUCAUUAUUGGGUGAUUGAAUGAGAAUCCGCGGGUUCUUGUGAGUUCUCGCGAUUCCUGCUGUCCGUAAUCCGCCAUGAAAUUCGCCUCAUAAAUGGAUCCGGUAGGAAUUGGGGUACGGCAAAAUAAGAGCCGUUCUGGAUGCGCUGGAAAUCCCAGGUUAUAUUUCAAUGUUGGUCUUCGAUCCUAGAGUACUGUAUAAAUCAUAUUCUGCUGGACGGUCUCAUGUGGUGCAUUUCCUCUGCAUGUUUUACAGCGUUGGGCUCACCUUACCUGUCCAGUGUGGGGGGCCCAUCACCUGGAGUACAUGGCCCCUGACAUCAAGUCCCUGAGCUCUCUGUCCCCUGGCACCGAUGACAACAAGGUCAUCAUCUUUGAGAGCGUCAUGUAGGCUCGGCUCCAUCAAUCACAGCACUCCACCCAUUUCACCUGAGACAAGACGGCUAACAUCCAACAUCACGACUGACCUGCAGUUACCUCUACCCCUGCCCCAUGGGUCCGAAUGGAUCCAUUAAUGAUUGAUCAGAUUCGUCUCCUCCACACCAACGCUGCAGCUCCUCCAGGAGAGUCUUUUUAGUCUUCCUUCAACAAAAUCGGAGAUAAAAACCAGCAGAUCGGCUUCUUUGACGGUGAAGGGCGGUGAGAUUCCCCCUUUGACUUUUGAAAAACACAGAUUUUCCCUGAAUUCCUCAAACCCUGGAGCCGCUGAAGAGGAUGAGGGUUGCUGCUUAGAGUCUCACUCCAAGAAGCUCCUUAUUUCUGGUGUUAAAGUGUUAAUACGUCUUGUCUGAGGUUGGAGAUAAAUAUACGUGUUAAACGGCCUUUACACAACCCCCCCCAACACGCACACACACACACACACACACACACACACACACACACACACACACACACACACACACACACACACACACUGCAUUACUGCAUUACCUUCUCUGUAUUCUAAAACCAUCAGACAUCAGCAGACAACGCUCGCUGCCGUAACCUCCAAGUCUAUAAAAAUCAGAUCUACACUUUAUUGCGUUUGUGUAACGGCUGUUUAUUAAGACAGAGUUGUAGACUGACAGACUGACUGAUCCUGAGAAAUCCCUCGAGGUUGUGCUUGCUGAGGGCUGAGUGAGAGUCAGGUCAAAGGUCGUGUUUCAUUCAGCGUCCCCAGGUAGACUAAAGUGCCAAACAGAGCAGUAAUACUGACCCUGCGGGGGCUGAUCCCAGACCAGGGCUCCAAACUGCCAACACACUCACUCUUCUUCUUCUUCUUGUUCUUCUUCUCUGCCUCAUCUUAUCUGCAUCAUCAGCGCUCAGCUUCGCCCACAGACGCCACGCUCUCCGCCUCCUGAACAAAGACAUCAAUGACGAAAGUUAAAAUCUCAGUUUAAAGCUCGAAAUUUGGUCCAGAUUCAGAUUUAAUCAAAGCAUCCCCUCUGGGGCUCCGCGCAGCAAGAACUCAGACGUCAAAUCAUCAAACUUUCAGAAUUUCAGUGAUUAGACUUUAAUUUUUGUGUUUAACAUUCGAAACAGACAGUAAACAGUCCUAACACGAUUGUUUUUAGGUUAUGAUAAAAAUAUAACUCAGAUUUCUAAUUUAUGAUCUACUUAAAAAAAAAAACAUUUGCAACAACUUUGGCUCAAAAGUUAAAGUUAGUAUUUUAAUCAAAUCAGUAUUUUUAUUUUUUAAAACAUAAAAAAUUCACUUUCUUCUUAUACGACAACUGUCCGUCUAGUGAUUUUAAUCAAAUGCAGCUUUAGGAAUCAGCUGAUCAAUGAGAGUUUAAAGAGUUAGAAUUUUCGGGGAUGAGAGCCUGUGGACUCAGCCUGAUGCCAAGCGUUGCCUUAUGUCGUUGUCUUAACUCUAGAGCCCGUGUGGUUGACUAGCCAAUCACAGAGCACCACAGGAUUUCUUGUGAUCCGUUCUGGUUUAAAUCUGACCAAUCAGCAGUCUGCAGGGGCGUGUCUACAACUCUGUCUCUUAGCAACCAACCCUCAUCCACCAAUCCUUGACAGUCCUGAUGGUUCGAAUGUAAAAAUAACUGUCUGUCUGAAGAUUGUUGUAAAAUAAUGUUUGCUAGCACUUUGGAAAAAUCGUGUUAGAAAUCGUGUUUUGUUUUACAUAUUGUAAAAUGAAUCAGAGAUUUAUUUUGAAACAUACUCUAUGACAGAUAAAUAUAUAUUAUAUUGAAUAUGUGUGUUAAAUAUAUUUGAUGCAGUAUGGACAUGUGAUGACGCUUAAGAGGAUUUAUGGCUGAUUGUUCAUAUUAAGUUGGCAGACAUGAGCCGCACAAAGCAACGAACAGGAGCUUCGAGCUACCUCACUUCCUAUUCAGACUUUCAAAAUAAAACUUCUCUAAUCCUUUUAUGCAAAUAUCUCAUCAAAGAAGUAGCUGGUAACAGGAGAUGAUAGUAUUACAAGUAUUAAUUUCAUUAUUUAAAGGUUCUCCAACACCAAAACAAGAAAAACUAAAAACCUUGAUUUAAGGUUGGGAAGUUGGUAACUUUGGUGUACUUACACGCUUUUAUUUUAAAAAGUUUAAUUACACCUGACUUCUUAUGCGAGUUAAAAAACAUACUCCAACAUUUCUGAGUAAUAAUAAAUAAUAAUGCAUCUGACUUUGAUAGACAGGAGCCUGGGAGGGUCAAAGCGGGAAAAACUACAAAUCUACAGCCAUGAAAAGAUGACAAAUGUAAAUUUUACAUUACCAAAAUCUGAUGUUGUUUCAUGUCACAUCAUCUUUGUGCUCGUCAGCCAAAAAAAGAACCAGAUCUAAUGAAGACAAAACGACCCACUAUUAAACAUGAGAGACGAUAAAACAACACGCAGUUUUACUCUUUAAACGACUGAACAUACAAAUGGAAACACAUGAUUAUAGGAAUAAAUAAGGUAACUUUAUUAAACUUAAAAAACAUAAAACUUACUAUAAAAAUAUAAAUACACUUUUUUUAGUCAUAAUUCAAAACUUUAAAUAAGACAGACUGAAGAUUAGACGUUAUUGGACGACUGCUCUCCCUCCUGAGCUCCUGUCGCCCCGGUAACAGUAAUACCGAGUCCUCCUCCUUAAGGUCCUUUUAGACCUGGACUGAUUUUACCGUGCGAUUAUUUCGGACGUCAAUAUUUUUUUUCGAACCCGUAUCCUGUCAAUACAAGCGUUCACAUCAGCCACGUUUUUCUGUCCUGCGAUAUCGCAGCAUUUAUUUUAAGUUUUGCAUACUGUGUGUCCACUUCUGACCAAUCAGAUUGCGUGUUGUUGCGACAUCUGAUUCACCGGUAUAUCCAACAUGGCCGACCGGCUGAUUGUUUACGUGUCGGAGAACAGAGUGCUUUUUGUUAAAAACCCAAACAUUACAAAGAUAACGACCUGAAGGACAACAUGUGGAGAGUCAUAGCGUCGGAUCUCUCAUAUGACGAUGGUUUGUGUGCUUUAACAGUUUGCUAAACGUCUUUGUUUUAACUUUCAUCUGUGCUAACGUAAGAUAACGGUUGUUACCAUAGUUUAAUGUGCUUAUCUGGUGCGGGAAGUCUUCCCCGGGAUUUUUUCUUUUCCCCCCGGAGAGUCGCAAAAUCGCAUCGGGCUUGAUGUGUAUAGUCAGGCGCGUCAAAAUUUGCCUCCAAAUAUAUUUCGUAAUUUCGCAUCGGAUACUUGCGUUGGUCCCGGUGUGUAAGGACCUUUACUCCUGAAGUAUCUGACUUCACCUGACUUUACUGGUUUCAGUGUUUUCGGAUGGUGGUGCUGAGAGAACCUUCGGGUCAUGUCUGAUAAGCUAACGUGAACAGUCAGUGUGGCGAGCUUUUAUUUUGGUGGGUUUGCUGCGAUGCACUGACGUUAAGGAUUCGUGUGGCUCCAAACACACUACGAAAGGGAUUUUUUUUUUCUUUAAUUUCUUGAUUUUUAAUUUGCUUAAGUGCUAAAGUGUUUGAAGAGUUUUAACGAUUUUCUUUGUGUGUUUUAAUGAAAAUCUGUGUUUUUCCCUCAGACCCCCCAUGGCUCAGAUUAUGUCUUUAUUUUUAUUACGUCAAUGCGGAGAUAAAAAUCUAUUUUCCACAGUUUUAUUUUGAGAUGACAGCAAAGGAUAUGAGUUUUUGAUUUAUGUGUUUAAAUUCUGAUUUAAAGGCUGGAUUACUGCCCUCUGCCACCCUGACGUCCACCCAUCUCAGCAGGCUGCAGUUGUUUCACUACCUCAGUAACAUGAGUCCGUUCACCAACUGCACUAAAACACCAACAAACACUCAGCAGAGAUACCAACUACAUAUCCCAGCAGUCAUUGGGAUCUUCUUAACACCAAUGACAAACAAAAAAAAAAAAACACCUGGAAGAACCCAUAUAUGGUAAAUCACCGUGACAACGAAGCCAUGUGCAUCACCAGAGGACCAUCAGCUAAUCAGCUUGGUGUGCCAUCGUAAACCUUAACUGUUGAUUUUAAAAACCCAGAAAUUUUCCUCAAAUUCAAUUUAAAUGAAUAAAAUAUUACCGUAUUUUUUGCACUAUAAGGCGCACCUGAUUAUAAGGUGCACCAUCAAUGAACACGUCUAUUCGUUUCUAUUUUCAUACAUAAGGCGCACCGGAUUAUAAAGUGCAUUAAGACAAACAAAACAGUCAGAUAAGUCAAACUUCAUUGAACUCAUUCAAUAACUCCGUGAGACUACGGUAGCUGCAGUGCUCCGACAAGCCAUAAGGAUAUAAGUGCGCCUUAUAAUGCGAAAAAUACGGUAUAUGUUUUCUAGCCAAUCAGAGCCUCAGAUACAGAUCCAAACAGCCAAUCACUCCUAGGAGUUUGACGGCACAACCAAGAGGCUGGGAUAGCGCCGCGUAUUUACGCCUCAUGCCGAUCUACACGACGUCCAAAUUAAAUUAAAAACACCUCCAACAAAAAAAGGAAAUCACUUCUAGUUUCAUCAUUUCUACAUUAUUCAUAUUAAAUUUAACAUCAAAUAUUUUCAGAUAAGAUGAUUUGGUUUAAACAAAUACGUCAACCCUCCAAGGACAAAAACGCUGAUCUCUGUUUUUGGUGCUGAUUGGCUGGUCUGUCGGUUCAUUGUUUCAAUCUAAGCAGAUUAAAGUGUAAAAAGAGAUUAUUAUUAAUCCAGUACUAAUAAUGUAAAAGUAGAGAGAUUAAAAAUAGAGAGAUUAAAGAUCAAAUAUUGUUGUAGGAGUCCUUUUGACUAAAGUGCCACUUUAAAUAUGUAACUAAUCAAACUAACUGAAAAAAAAAAGUUUUUUUUAUAGAGACUCUGAUCAACCUGACAUUUGAAAUGUAGACGUUUUAUAUUCUCAGUUGUAUUUUUAAUGUUUUUUUUUAUUGUUAACGUUUAGACGGGAGCCUGGGAGGGUCAGAGCGGGAAAAACCACAAAUCUACAGCCAUGUAAGACAAAAGAAAAGAUGACAAAUGUAAAUGUACAUUACCAAAACGGAUGUUGUUUCAUGUCACAUCGUCUUUGUGCUUGUCAGCCAAAAAAAACUUGAGACAGACUCGAGGAUCUAGACCGAAGCAGCAGAACCAGAUCAAUCAAAGACAAAACAACAACCCAACUGGAAACACAUGAUUAUAGGGAUAAACAAGGUAACUUUACUAAACUUAAAACAACUUAAUAUAAAAAUAUAAAUACACUUUUUUAGUCAUAAUUCAGAACUUGAGUUUGUUCUGAUUCUAAACAGUUAAAAUGAGACGGACUGAAGAUAAGAAGUUAUGCUUACAUAUGUAUUUAAUAAGAAGAAAAGUCUGUACCUACGGCCUCUACGACCACACAACACUCACAAUUACACACCAGUGGAAGACACACACUGCAAGUAAAGUGUUUUACCCAAGGACACAACAGACAGACUAGGGGGGAAAUCGAACCACCAACCUUCCAGUUAUUGAGUGAUCGCUCUACCUCCUGAGCUACUGCCACCGCAUAUAUUGAAAAUACACUUACAACAUGUAGUCUCAGGCUACGUUCACACUGCAGGUUAUGAUGCACAAUUCAGAUUUUUUGUUAAAUCCGAUCUCUUUGUGCGGUCGUUCACAUUACAACAACAAAUGCGGCAUCUAAUGUGAACGGAAUGUAUCCGUGAAGUGACCCAAAUGCACACAAAGCACAAAUUGCUUUCUGCGCCUGUUUUUGAUGUCAAUGAAUGGUGACGUUUGUUGCAUAUUGAUGACGUAUAGGUCGGAUGAACGCAACCUGAGCGUCCACACUGCAGUCACAUCGGAUACAUAUCCGUUUUAUAUGCACAUACAAAAGAGGCCUGGGUUGGAUUUGAAAAAUUCAGAAUUGCACUGUUCACACUUAAAUGAAAAAAUCAGAUAUGUGUCACGUAUAGUUACAAAAUUGGAAUUGAUCUGCAGUGUGAACAAAGCCUUAUAUAACCACUAUUGAAAAUCUAGUAUCUAAAUUUAAUCUGGUUUAAAAAACUGUAAAAUUUUAGAGUCAAUAAAAAUAGAUUUUAGACAAAAAAGUUGAAACUUCAGUGUCAUUGUAGUUUUAACUAUAAAACUUUUAUUUUGAAAAGGACAUUCACAGAGUUUUCAGCCGCACAUAUUUACAGUUGAUCUGUUGUUAAAGAAUGAAUCAGUGAAUCAGAUUUAGGAACUCUGCUGCAGGUCUGCACUGUCGAUUCUGUCCGGCUUCUUCACCUUCAGCUGGUUUCCUUCAGCAGAGAGCGCCUGUUUCCCCCAAAAAACGUCAGAGUGAUCGAAUUUUGUACGUUCAGUUGCUUAUUGCUGUCAAUGAUUUUUAAAGAUUAUUUUCAAAAGAUACUGUAAGUGAUUUUAUAGCCAAAAACAUUGCCAAAGUGUUUUUUAAUCUCCAAAAACAAAAAGAAAACUUUAAAGGGAUUGUGGACGAAUUUCUUAUUUUCGUUUGUUUGUUUCUUUGUUUCUUUAGGUGAAAAAGUUUUUUUUCUUUUCUCAACAGAUGAAGCUGGUUUUAUGGUGUCUGUGGUGCUCCUGAGAAACAAUCAAAUUAUGUGAUCAUGAAAAAAAGUAACUGUCUUGCCUUUGAGUUUUGGUAAGGUCAGAUGAAGCAGUGGAAGCAGCAGGGGGCGCUCUCCUCUCAUGAGAAACCCCUCUUUAUUUGGGCUGGAAACAGAGACCCAUCGGGGGAAUAAAUCACAGAAAGUUUCUGUUGAUAAAAACAUCAUCAGAACAAUCGCAUCAAAUUUUGUUUUUGCGCUUUCAAAUGACAAAAGUUUACGAACUAAAAUUUAAACUUUCAGUUUCUCAGCAGAACCGUGAUUUUUUUUAUUAGAUAGAUAAAUUUAAUCAGAUAAUCGGGCAAAAUCAAACAGCAACCCGUGAGUUAUAACAUGGAUUUAAAGUCAAAUCUGUGAUGAACUCCAAUGUUAAGCAAAACAUCGUCUGCAAAGAGGAGCAGUCACAGAUCUGAGAUAGUGUCGUCUUCUCAGCUCUGUCUAAAAAUACAGAAAUGAAAAAUACUUUUUUAGAUUCAAGACAGUCCCCUCUUAUUUUUAUUUUAUAUCAUUUUAUACUCAGGUUUGUAAACCCUCUUUAAAUGAGAGAAAAACACAAAGUGGAAGUUACAGGAUUACUUCAACAGCAGAAACUGAAGUAUAGAAAAGUGUGAAAAUCUUUAAAGUAGUAAAAGGUUUAAGUGGAGGUGGAACCACAGUAAUGACAUUUGAGUAUGUGCACCAAUAUAAAUUGUGGUGAAGAAAGAGCUGAGCCGUAAGGCGAGACUCUCAAUUUUCUGGUCGAUCUACGUGCCGAUCCUCACCUAUGGCCAUGAACUUUGGGUAAAGACUGAAAGAACAAGAUCGCGGAUACAAGCGGCCGAAAUGCGUUUCCUUUGCAGCGUGACCAGGCUCAGCUUUAGCGAUAGGGUAAGGAGCUCAGACACUCGGGAGGCGCUCAGAGUAGAACUGCUGCUCCUCCACGUUGAGAGGAGGUGGCUCGAGCAUCUGGUUUGGAUGCCUUCGGGACGCCUCCCGUUAGAGGUGUUCCGGACAUGUCCCACCGGGAGGAGACCUCGUGGCCGGCCCAGGACCAGGUGGAGGGAUUAUAUCUCUCGCCUGGCCUGGGAGCGCCUGGGAAUCCCACUGGAGGAGCUGGUGGAAGUGGCUGGGGUGAGGGCAGUCUGGGUUCCCCUCCUGAAGCUGCUGCCCCACGUGACCUGGACCGUAAUGAAGCGGAAGAAAACGACAAUGACUACGCUAAUGUAAAUCUGAAUAUCAUCUGCAAACAGGAAUAAUAAAAAAAAUAAGUUUAACUUAAACAUCCUUUUGUUCGGAGCUUUAACUCCUUUUAAUCUGAAUUUAUAGACAUGAAACAUUUGAAGAUUUAAAAAGGUGUCUCGUUUUUAUUUCAUCACAUUUUUGCUGAAAAUCCUCAAUCCUUUAUCUUAGCAGAGAUUAUGUUAUAGAGGGGCCGCAUCUAUCUUUAUUUAAUUCUCUGUAAAGUUAACAUCACAGACUUUUUAUUUUCGUUCAACUGUUUAAAAGUACUGAAUUAUUACGAUUUACCUCUGAGCCGGUGAAAACUUCAGCCCUGUCUGUGUUUCCAGCCCAAACUGAUCCAACACGGUGACCUCAUUCAUCCAGUGUCGCCAUUUCCACGGUAAUUGUGUCUCUGUGACUUCCUGUGAACCACAGUCUUCCAUCCAUCCUUAGGCUAGAGUAAUCGAUUAGCUGAAAAGUAGCUGAAUUUGAUCAAUAACUGUGUUUAAUGAUAGAGACGACGCUCAGGGCUCAGGGAUGUUCGUGUGUCACCAGCCAAAAAAAAAAAAAAAAAAAAGACGAUGAAAUAGUUAACAUCGAGCCCUGAGGAAGUCACCUGUGUUUCACUGACCUCUGACCCCUGUGAGGGUCUCCAUGUUGUAUGCCACUGUGAUCACUGUGUUUGUUCACUCCAGACUAAACCAACAGCAAUAAAACUAACGUCAUUCAAACAGCU